CCCGAGGACAUCAACUUCGCUGGCCAGCAGCAGGUGUACAAGGACAUUGGUGAGGAGAUGCUGCUCCAUGCAUUCGAGGGAUACAACGUCUGUAUCUUUGCCUAUGGCCAGACCGGAUCUGGGAAGUCUUACACCAUGAUGGGCAAGCCGGACUUGAAGGACCAGGAAGGCAUCAUCCCUCUGGUACGCGGCGUAUACUGUUACCUCCACACCAAGGGUUGCAAAAUUCCAGUCACUUUUUUGAAUAUUCCCUGGUUUUCCUGGUUGGAACGUUCCCAGAAUAAGGAUGGAAUAAGCAGGAAAUCCGGAAUCUUCCAACCAGAAUUGCUGGAAAACCAGGGAAUUUUCGGGAAAGUUACCGUAAUUUUGCAACCCUACCAAUCCAACACCUGGCUAUCCAUGGCUGAACACAAUGUUACACAAAACCCAUCUAGGGACGGGUGUUGGAAAUUAGCGUAAGCUAUAUUUUGGUGCAACACAUGGGAUGGUUGUUUAUUCAAUGUGUACAGAUAAACCAUAUGUAAAUUGAUAAUACAUGUUCACUGCAAACCCUCUGCUCUCUCGCUCCUCCUAGAUGUGUGAAGACCUCUUCACCAAGUUCAACGACAGCAAUAACGACAACACCAAGUCCUACUCAGUGGAGGUACGUACAGUAUGGGUCCCCCACUGCCCGUCGGGUCACAUCCUGUCUUCCUGUAAGGGUCCACUUCCUCUCACUAUGGCUUUUUCUCAAUUCUUUCAUUCUUUCCUCAAUUCUUAGCAUUCACUCUCCUUGCAUCCUUCUCAAAACACAUUGGAUCUGUAGAUCCAUAGUGCCUCCAAGAAUAUGAGGAGGGAGGACAUGAGGAAUGUAGGAAAGACGAAAUGAGAAAGAACCUGUGGGAGAUGUGACCCUUUGUUUUUUUUUUUUUUUUUUUUUUUUUUUUUGUGACAUCUACUGUGCUCUAACCCUUUAUUCCCCUCCCUCCCUCCCUCCCUCCCUCCCUCCCUCCCUCCCUCCCUCCCUCCCUCCCUCCCUCCCUCCCUCCCUCUCUCCCUCUCUCCCCUCCCCCACUCCCCCCCCUCCCUCCCUCCCUCCCUCCCUCCCUCUCUCCCUCUCUCCUCCUCCCUCCCUCCCUCCCUCCCUCCCUCCCCCCCCUCCCUCCCUCCCCCCUCCCUCCCCUCCCCCCCUCCCUCCCUCCCUCCCUCCCUCCCCCCCUCCUCCCUCCCUCCCUCCCUCCUCUGUAGGUGAGCUACAUGGAGAUCUACUGUGAGCGUGUGCGUGACCUCCUGAACCCUAAGAACAAGGGGAACCUGCGCGUCAGGGAACACCCCCUGAUGGGGCCAUACGUAGAGGACCUGUCCAAGCUGGCUGUCACCUCCUACAACGACAUCCAGGACCUCAUGGACUCUGGAAACAAGGCCAGGUGAGUGGAUGGAUGAUUAGAUAGAUAGAUGUACAGUGUAUGUAUGGAUGGGUGGAUGGGUGAAUGGGUGGGUGGGUGGGUGGUCGGUGGGAUAGUGGAUGGAUGGGUGGGUGGGUGGGUGGGAUAGUGGAUGGAUGGGUGGGUGGGUGGGUGGGUGAUGAUGGGUGGGUGGGAUGGGUGGAUGAAUGGGGUGGGUGAAUGGGUGGGUGGAUGGGUGGGUGGGUGAGUGGGAUAGUGGAUGGAUGGGUGGGUGGGUGGGUGAAUGGAUGGGUGGGUGAAUGGGUGGGUGGUGGGUGGGUGGGGUGGGUAAAUGGAUGGGUGGGUGAAUGGGUGGAUGAAUGGGUGAAUGGUGGGUAAAUGGAUGGGUGGGUGAAUGGGUGGAUGAAUGGGUGAAUGGUGUGGGUGGGUGGGCUGAGGAUGGAUGGCUGGAUGUGGCUGGAUGGUACUGGCUGCUGGAUGGCUGGACUGGAUGGAUGGAUGGAUGGAUGGAUGGAUGGAUGGAUGGAUGGAUCAAUUAAUCAAUCAAUGGGUGGGUGGGUGGGUGGGUGGGGGUAGAUGGAUGGAUGAACGGAUGGAUGGAUGGAUUAAGGAUGGAUAGAUGAUAUAUGAUGGCCAUGGGUUUUAUUCUAUGGGGUGAUGGGGUUUCUCAGUAGUUCAAAUGGGGUUUUAUUCUAAAGAUGUAGGCUUUGUUCCAAUAUCCACACUAGCAAUACCACUUAGACUCGGGCAAUACAUUGAGCCUGCAUUCGAAGUGGAACAUAGUCUCUGCUUGAGAAGGUUUGGUUUGAGUCCCAAAUGUCUCUCUAUAGUGCACUACUUUUGACCAGGGUCCAUAGGGGAUAAGGUGCCAUUUGGGAUGCGGCCUUGGUGAGAUGCAGUUUCCACACUGUACCAUGUUGGCCGUGAAUUAAUAUAAUCAUUAUUUACACAGCUUUGUGUCCAUGAGGGAAUUUACUGCAUGAGAAGACUUGAACUAACAGACCAGAAUAGAUCAAAUUUACAUUGAGUUCAUUAACUAACACAUUAAAGACAUGGUGGAGUAGAGUGGAAACGGAUAGACGGGAAAACUAGGAUACUCCAGCAGAUAGACGAGACAAAAUAUGCAUUUCAAUUAUCAGACAAACAAAGCAACAAUGAAUGAUUUGAAGUUCCAGACUUGUCCAUGCUGCAACAUAUUGGAACCAAAUUCCAUAGCUCUGUCAAUAAUAAAACGACUCAGUGAUUCAUUCGUCAAUUUAUUAAUCAACCGAUUUCUCUAUAUCUGGCAGUUCAGUCACCUUGAAAUCUCCAUUGACUUUACUAACGUGCACCAUCCUGAUCUGUAGCUGUUCACACAGUCGGUGGAGAUACAUCAGUGCUGCUUUUCCCAGUCAGACAGCUCUGUGCUCUGUCCAUCCAUCCACCCCUCCACUGAGGCGUCAGGAUCGAACAGUGUAUAUUUCAUCACAAUGUGAAAAAAAUAUAAAUGGUUGUAUUGCACUGCAACUCUCUACCUCAUUAUAUUACCCACUGCUGCUGGGGGCAGUGCUUUAGCCUCCCUACAAAUUACCACAUAGUCUCCUGACUCAUUAGCUCUAAGCUAGCCACAGCAAUUAAACAGUAGCGGAACCAGUCGCUGAUGAACCGGCUUAAAAAACGCCUCAAAUUUAAUUGCAACGCGUCAUUAGGAAGAUGAUAAUUGAUGUUUUGGUUGCUAGAGAGCGUUAGGGGAAAUUAGCUUUUAAUUUAUCUGUCAUUUUGGCUUAUUUUAUUGCUCUUUAAUUCUUGCGCCCCGAAAUAAAACUGUUCACUAUGGAGGUUUCUGUGCUUUAUUAUCAAAGACGGAUCUUUGAUCUCAGAUGACUCAGCCAUUUCGGUUGUUGUUCUUCUUCUGUCUCAAUGUGAGUAGAGUUCGCUAGUGUUUUACAUCACACAGUAGGUGCUGUACAUACCGUAGAGAAAUAUAAUCUAUAGAAAGGGGUGGGAACCUCUAACCUUGGAAAUUUGACUGGUAAACUCACGGGGGUAGUUUCUGUGGUGUUUCAUCAUGCAGUAUGCUCUGUCCUGUUCAGUGGGGCACAAAGGACAGGAUUUGUGUUUCUUAUUGGACAAGUCCAGGAAAGUUAGUCCCUGUUUCAGUCAGUUUUCCUCUGUUUGGUACCUAGUGAACAUGACCCAACAUUCUCUUCUUCUUCAGGACGGUGGCGGCCACCAACAUGAACGAGACUAGCAGUCGCUCCCACGCGGUGUUCAACAUCAUCUUCACCCAGAAACGCCUCGACGCUGAGACUGAUAACACCUCGGAGAAGGUAGGGGGCGCCGUCUCAGCUUGAGAGGUCUCUAUUCAUAAACAGUACAAUAAAAUGCAACCAGAGCUGAAUAUCCUCCUGUAUUCCCUCCUCCUGUCCUCUCUCCUCACGUCCUCUCUCCUCCUGUAUGCUCUCCUCCUGUAUUCUUUCCUCACAUCUCUCUCCUCCUGUAUUCUCUCCUCACGUCCUCUCUCCUCCUGUAUUCUCUCCUCCUGUAUUCUCUCCUCACGUCCUCUCUCCUCACGUCCUCUCUCCUCCUGUAUUCUCUCCUCACGUCCUCUCUCCUUGAUGCUGUAUUAUCUCCAUACACGUCCCGUCUGCUCCUGUAUUCUCUCCUCACGCCUUUCCUCACGUCUCUCUCCUCUGUAUUCUCCCUCCACAUCCUCUCUCUCCUGGAUUCUCUAUAACUGGCUCUCUCAUCCUGUAUCUAUCCCUGUAUUCUCUCCUCACGUCCUCUUCCCGUCCUCUCUCUCCGUUAUUCUCUCCUCAUGUCCUCUCUCCGUCGGUAUUCUCUCCUCACGUCCUCUUCCUCAACGUCUCUCUCCUCAUGUAUUCUCUACUCACGUUCCUCCUCCUCCUGUAUUCUCCACCUGAUUCUCUCCUCAAGGCCUCUCUCCUUCACUCACGUCCUCUCUCAUCCGUAUUCUCGUCCUACGUCCUCUCGCCCAUGUAUUCUCUCAUAAUGUCCUCUAUCAUCACGUCCGCCUCACAUCAUGUAUUCUCUCCUACUGUCCUCUCUCCUCAUGUCCUCUCUCCUCACGUCCUCUCUCCUCAGUACCUCUCUUCACGUCUCCUUCCUACCUGAAUUCUCCCUCACGUCCUCUCUCCUCUGUAUUAGUCUCCUCAAGUCAUCUCUCCUCCUGUAUUCUCUACUCCUGAUUCUCUCCUCACGUCCUCUCUCCUCACGUCCUCUCUCCUCCUGUAUUCUCUCCUCACGUCCUCUCUACUCCUGUAUUCUCUCCUAUGUUCCUCUCGCCUCCACGUACUCUACACUCUGUAUUCUCUACCUAAGGUCCUCUUCUCCUCAUGUACAUGUUCUUCUCCUCACGUCCUAUAUAAUCAGUCCUCUCUUUCACUCCUAUCUUCCAGUGGCCUGUAUCUGUCGCAUUUUCUUAGUUCGUCUAAGUUCUGAGUAUCUGUCAUUUGUGUAUUCUGCUCUUGUCCUUCAUGUCCUCUCUACUCCCUGUAUCUCUCGAAUGUCCUCUCUCCUCCGGAUCUCUUCCUCCUGUAUUCUCUCCUCACGUCCUCUCUCUUCACGUCCUCUCUCCUCCUGUAUUCUCUCCUCAUGUCCUCUCUCCUCACGUCCUCUCUCUUCACGUCCUCUCUCUUCACGUCCUCCUUCCUCCUGUGUUCUCUCCUCAUGUCCUCUCUCCUCAUGUCCUCUCUCCUCCUGUAUUCUCUCCUAAUGUCCUCUCUCCUCCUGUAUACUUUUGAGAUUCAUCCCAGCUCUCUUAGCUGCUUGAACUCUUUGACUUUAAGCCCAUUGAAAAAAGAUAUUCAUCGCUGCUUUUAUCAGCGCUUGCAUCCAGUGGUGGGGCUGCCACUUGCCUCUGAGUCUGAGGGCACUUGAUAAUGUGUCUGUGUCAUUGUGAGGGAGGAUGUCUAGCGCCAACUGUUGAAUGAAUUAGUGUGAGAAUAAAUUACUUUAGCUGCGUUUUCAGUCAGCUCAUGCAUUUCCCUGCACAACCAUUGACGUUUCUGUCACAGGUCAGCAAAAUCAGCCUGGUGGAUUUGGCCGGCAGCGAGAGGGCCGACUCCACAGGAGCUAAAGGGACCCGGCUCAAGGUGAGACUUUCUCCCUCCUAUCCCUCCUCCUCCUCCUCCUCCUCCUCUUCCUUUCCCUCCUCUUCCUCCUCUUCCUCCUCUCCCUCCUCUCCCUCCUCUUCCUCCUCUCCCUCCUCUCCCUCCUCUUCCUCCUCUCCCUCCUCUUCCUCUUCCUCCUCCUCCUCUUCUUCUCCCUCUGCCUCUCUGUCGCAUAGUUUUCAAGUUUUCAGUCUAUUUGUCAUGUGUAAUGAAUACAUUUUAAAAUCUUGCAAUCUUAUAUACUGCUGGCAGUGAGGACCCCUAUACCUAGGGGGUAUAUUGGUGAAUUGAUUGAGUUGCUGUUGAUCAUAUUGACCAUGUUGACCAUGUUGACCAUAUUGACCAUGUUGACCAUGUUGACCAUGUUGACCAAAUUAACCAAAUUGACCAUGUUGACCAUAUUGACCAUAUUGACCAUGUUGACCAUGUUGACCAAAUUAACCAUGUUGACCACGUUGACCAUAUUACUUCUUGACUUCCAUUGACAUGCUACAGGAAGGAGCGAACAUCAACAAAUCACUGACCACUCUGGGGAAAGUAAUCUCUGCUUUGGCCGAAGUGGUACGAAUCAUUUUUUAUAUAAUAAAGAAAACAUGCAUCAUUCUUUUUUUUUUCUUUUUUUUUUACAAUAUAGGAUGGAAAUUAAAGUUUCUCUUUUAUUAUUCACUUUGUAGGAUUCUGCAGGAAAUAAGAACAAGAAGAAGAAGAAAGUGGAGAGUCACAUCCCUUACAGAGACUCUGUGUUGACCUGGCUACUGAGAGAGAAUUUAGGUAGGAACCAAUAAUCUGGCUACUGAGAGAGAACUUAGGUAGGAACCAAUAAUCUGGCUACUGAGAGAGAAUGUAGGUAGGAACCAAUAAUCUGGCUACUGAGAGAGAAUUUAGGUAGGAACCAAUAAUCUGGCUACUGAGAGAGAAUUUAGGUAGGAACCAAUAAUCUGGCUUCUGAGAAUGAGAAUUUGGGUAGGAACCAAUAAUCUGGCUUCUGAGAGAGAAUUUAGGUAGGAUCCAAUAAUGUAUACACAAAUAUAUGUUCAUGGUAUGAACCUCUGCAUUUCCUUCCUAACUCCUCCACGCUCACUGAGGAGCCCGUUCCUUUGUUGCUUUAUCAGCUGAAGCAACGUACAAUCAGCCUAGUUUAUUAACUUGGUAAAGACAGCUAUUAUAACCUCCUAUUAGUCAUACUGUAUGUACAGAAUGUAACAGAUCCUCAUUCAUCUGAUAGAUCCUAAUUCAUCGAAGAUCCUAAUAUCUAACUCUGUUUUGGGUAAGGGGGGAAAAUGAAUGCAAGGGUUGUGCCUAGUCCAAGCGACACAAAUGACGGGGACUCUAAGAAAAUCAGGAAAGGGACCAGAAAGGAGGAGGGGUCGCUAUAUAUCUUUUACUCUCUCUCUAUCUCAAUCUAUUAUAGAUUAUAUCUUAGUUUAUGCUAUAAUUUAAUUAUUUUAAUGUAUUCUGUAUUAUAUAUUAUUAUAUAUAUCAUAUACUAUCGUAUAAAAUUAUGGGAUAGAUGUUAUCUGUAUUAAAAUCUGUUAUAGUAAUAUGUCAUCUAUUCUUAUCUCUGUUAUCUCUUCUCUAUCUCUAUUCUCGUCUAUAGCUGGCUAGAUGAUAUAGCAGUCUAGGGAGAUCGGUAUAUAUGGAUAUCUUAUAGUAUAUAUCUAUAUAGUACUAGUCUACGAUAUAGAUAUGUAGCUGCUAGAGUAGAGAUCGGAUACCGAGAAUUCAGCGAGAGAAGCUGCGAGGAGGAUAGAGAGAUAGAGAGAGAGAGCGAAGGAGGAGAGAGAGCGGGAGAGAGGGAGAUCUCUCUGUCUCUCUCUAUCUCUAUGUCGCUCUGUUCUCUCUCUCUCUCUCCUCUCUCUCUCUCCUUCUCUCUCUCUCUCUCUUCUCUCUCUCUCUCGCUCUCUCUGUCUCUCUCUUUCUCUCUCUCUUCUCGCUCUUCUUCUCUCUCUCUACUCUCUCCUCUCUCUCUCUCUCUCUCUCUCUCUCUCCUCAUCCUACCACACAGCAGCUGAUCAAUGAUGAAUUGAAGGACAAGACCUUGUAGAGAGACCUAGCUCAUUAUUGCAUAACGACAUAUUAUGCUUUCCUCAGUGGGCUUGUUCCCUGUGCCAGCUUCACUCUUCAAACACCCUUCGAAGUUGCAGCUGCAGUGUUAGACUGCUGAAUGGGGUAAUCGGGUAUCCAUUCAGGAGAUGCAACUUGUGUGUGUGUGUGUGUGUAUGUGUGUGUCUAUGUGUGUGUGUGUGUGUGAGUGUGUGUGUGUGUGUGGUGUGUGUGUGUGUGUGUGUGUGUGUGUGUGUGUGUGUGUGUGUGUGUGUGUGUGUGUGUGUGUGUGUGAGACUAGGUCUCAUCAUGCCAUUGUUCCUUUCCCCCUCUACAGGUACGCAGACCGAGCCAAACAGAUUCGCUGUAAUGCUGUGAUCAACGAGGACCCGAACAAUCGAUUGGUCCGUGAGCUGAAGGAGGAGGUGGGUCGUCUGAGGGACCUGCUCCUAUCCCAGGGCCUGGGAGACAUCCUUGAGAGUAAGGGCUCGUCCAAUGGGCUGGCCUGGCCUUACACCGCCAUUUUAACUUCAUUCUGUAAUCAUGAUAGGUGUAGCUACGGUUGCGAAAUUCUGGUGACUUUUCCCAAAAUUCCCAGGUUUUCCAGAAAGAUUCUGGAAUCGGCAGGGAGUGAGCAGGAAAUCCAGAUUCCUCCAACCAGGAUUCCUGGAAAACCUGGGAAUUUGGAGAAAGUUACUGGAAUUGUGCAAAAAUCAUUAGCUAUUUACUCACUGUCCCCCCAAUCUCUCUCUCUCCUGCCCACCUCCUCGGCACUCACAGUUUCCGCUCGCUUUCCGUCCUCUUUGCUCACUUCACACUCUCUCACAAACCUCCUUCAGUCUGUGUGUUAACAGAAGAGUGUGUGGAUCAGUCUAACUCACUCUCCUUGCUUACCCUCUUGUGCGUGACUAGUGAGUUUCAAUGGCAAAUUAGGCUGCAAACAACCAAGCAUAUUAAUUAAACUCAGGGAAUGAUUGAACCAAGACGGUACUUAGUAAUAAAACAAGUCUGAUUGCUACGUUUUAUUAUCUGUCACACAUUCCUAGUUAUAUGUACAUAUCUACCUCAAUUACCUCGUACCCCUGCAGAUCGACUCGGUACUGGUACCCUGUGUAUUGGGGCGGCAGGUAGCUUAGUGGUUAAGAGCGUUGUGCCAGUAACUGAAAGGUCGCUGGUUCUAAUCCCCGAGCCGACUAGGUGAAAAAUAUGUCGAUGUGCCCUUGAGCAAGGCACUUAACCCUAAUUGCUCCUGUAAAUCGCUCUGGAUUAGAGCAUCUGCUAGAUGACUAAAAAAAUAAAUAAUUAUAUAUAUAUAGCCAAGUUAUCGUUACUCAUUGUGUAUUUAUUAUUACUUUUCCAUUAUUUCUAAAUGUUCUUUCUCUCUGCGUUGUUGUGAAGGGCCUGUAAGCAUUUCACUGUAAGUCUACACCUGUUGUUUACGAAGCAUGUGACAAAUACAAUUUGAUUUGAUAUACAACAACCUAAGCUGCCAUUGAAAACAGUACCUGUGUGGUUCUACAACCGUGGUUAGCAGCAACAGAAUGUUGGCAGCACCAGUAUGUUAGCAGCACCAGAAUGUUAGCAGCACCAGAAUGUUAGCAGCACCAGAAUGUUAGCAGCACCAGAAUGUUGGCAGCACCAGUAUGUUAGCAGCACCAGUAUGUUAGCGGCACCAGUAUGUUAGCGGCACCAGAAUGUUAGCGGCACCAGAAUGUUGGCAGCACCAGUAUGUUAGCAGCACCAGUAUGUUAGCAGCACCAGUAUGUUAGCAGCACCAGAAUGUUAGCAGCACCAGAAUGUUGGCAGCACCAGUAUGUUAGCAGCACCAGUAUGUUAGCAGCACCAGUAUGUUAGCAGCACCAGAAUGUUAGCAGCACCAGAAUGUUAGCAGCACCAGUAUGUUAGCAGCACCAGAAUGCUAGCAGCACCAGUAUGUUAGCAGCACCAGAAUGUUGGCAGCACCAGUAUGCUAGCAGCACCAGUAUGUUAGCAGCACCAGUAUGUUAGCAGCAACAGUAUGUUAGCAGCACCAGAAUGCUAGCAGCACCAGAAUGUUAGCAGCACCAGUAUGUUAGCAGCACCAGAAUGCUAGCAGCACCAGUAUGUUAGCAGCACCAGAAUGUUGGCAGCACCAGAAUGUUGGCAGCACCAGUAUGUUAGCAGCACCAGUAUGUUAGCAGCACCAGAAUGUUAGCAGCACCAGUAUGCUAGCAGCAGCAGUAUGUUAGCAGCAGCUGUUCAGCUAACACUGAGUGAAUGAGUUAGUCUCUCACUGUGUUCUCCUGUCUCUCACUGUGUUAUCAUGUCUCUCACUGUGUUCUCCUAUCUCUCACUGUGUUCUCCUGUCUCUCACUGUGUUCUCCUGUCUCUCACUGUGUUCUCCUAUCUCUCACUGUGUUCUCCUGUCUCUCACUGUGUUCUCCUGUCUCUCACUGUGUUCUCCUAUCUCUCACUGUGUUCUCCUGUCUCUCACAGUGUUCUCCUGUCUCUCGCUGUGUUCUCCUGUCUCUCACUGUGUUCUCCUGUCUCUCACUGUGUUCUCCUGUCUCUCACUGUGUUCUCCUGUAUCUCACUGUGUUCUCCUGUCUCUCACUGUGUUCUCCUUUAUCUGUCUCCUUCUCUCCCAGCAUACAAAGGGCCAGCGCUUGGCACUGACGUUGCUGGUUUGAAAUGUGUGUUUCUAUAUCUCUCUACUGUGUCUUAGUUUGGCUUUUUACUGUUUCUCUCUCUCUCUCUCUCUCUCUACUGUUUCCAUCUCUCUACUGUUUCUUGGUUUGGCUUUAUGCUGUUUCUUUGGCUGUCCUCCGUACACUUCGCUCUGUGCAGCUUAGCGUCGACAGCUAGUUCUUAUAGCUGUACUCUCUGCAGCACCAGAUUAAGGACUAAUCAGUGAGAUAAUCAAAGAUUUUUGAUAUUGCCCAGGAAAAUGUUGAUCAUCAUCAAUCAUGUACACAUGUAUGUACCAAAUCAAUGUCUGGGCUUGUAUAGUAGAUGCUGUAUCCUACAGACUACCGAGUGCAAUAGAAGAAGAAUGCAAAGAUGCAUUCAGAUAAUUAACUGUACAUUUGAGUAGAUUGAUUCCCAGAUGGAUACAGACUAGGGCCUUAAAGCAACACCAGUAGGCUAUGUUCAUCUUACACUGAGUGACUGAGAGAAUCUCUCACAGUGUUGUUCUCCUGUCUCUCUCCUCCUUUCUUUCUGUUUUCUCUCUUAGCGUACAAGGGGCUUCCUGGCACGGACGUUGCUGGUUUGAAAUGUGUGUCAAUGUUUCUUAGAUCGUCUCUCUGCUGUUUGUUUUGGCCGUCCUCCGUACGCUUCGCUCCGCGCACCUUAGCACCGCCAGGACAUGUGUUAAUAGCUGUACUCUCUGCAGCACCAGAGUAAUGACUGUGAGAUCAGUGAGAUAAUCAAAGGUUAUCAAAAAUGCCAAGGAAAAAUAUUGAUCACGAUCAAUCAUAUGCACGUGGAUGUAUCAGACCAACAAGUAAAUGGUUGCUUUAGGCAGACUUGCUAUAGAUGUCAGCCUGGUUUUUAAUAGGCUAUCUGCUAGAAAAUACCUAAUAGCUAUUAUAUGCAUUUCUGGGCGUGUACAGUAGAUGCUGUAUCCUCUGGGGCUGUAGAGAUGCUCUUGUGGACUCGUCUCGUAUGGCUUUAGCGCUGGUGUCCAGAGUUCAGGAAGGCGACCCUACAGCACUAUGUUUUGUUUUCAGGCCUCACUUAGCCAGCUGUCACACAGCAAAUAUAGCCUUCAGACUACAGUAGAAGGAGAAUGCUCUGAUGCGUUUUAGGGCGGCAGGUAGCUUAGUGGUUAAGAGCGUUGUGCCAGUAACCAAAAGGUCGCUGGUUCUAAUCCCUGAGCCGACUAGGUGAAAAAUCUGCUGAUGUGCCAUUGAGCAAGACACUUAACCCUAAUUGCUCCUGUAAGUCGCUCUGGAUAAGAGCGUCUGCUAAAUGACAUAAAAUGAUUAACUGUAUUUUUUUUAGUAGAAUACUGUUCCCAGAUGGAUGUCUGAGUGACAAACCAGGGCCCUUAAAGCACUGAGCAGAUGUAUCAUACUGUUACUGUAUGCUUAGCUCACUGGUACACAGCACGCUCCCAUUCCCCUGACUGAUUGGCAGACAGGCCUGUCUGUGCUGGAGCGCCAUAGAUUAUAUGUGUGGCACUGAGUUUGUAGUUAUCGCCCCCUACUGGCUGUUCACUGUGCUGUAGGUAUCGCCCCCUACAGGCUAUUCACUGAGCUGUAGUUAUCGCCCCCUACUGGCUGUUCACUGUGCUGUAGUUAUCGCCCCCUACUGGCUGUUCACUGUGCUGUAGUUAUCGCCCCCUACUGGCUGUUCACUCAUCUGUAGCUAUCGCCCCCUACUGGCUGUUCACUGAGCUGUAGCUAUCGCCUCCUACUGGCUGUUCACUGAGCUGUAGCUAUCGUCCCCUACUGGCUGUUCACUGAGCUGUAGCUAUCGCCCCCUACUGGCUGCUCUUAGAACCUCAGGCUAUGGGAGGAACUAUAUCAGACUUGGGAUAUCAUAACCUUAGCAGGACCGAGUUUGGGAAACCCCGACCUAAGGAAAUGUUUGAGGGGCUCUAUGCAGCACCCUUAAACAACCCCCAUAGGUAAGGGGCAAUGAUUCCUUAAGGGAAACACUUAAUACGUUUUUUUAUGCAACCGCGCCCAGCUGUCCAUUAUAUCACCGGAAAUGGGUGUUUUGCCUACUGUGUUUCAUACCAGUAUUACCAAACAGAUGGCCACCAACACUAGGGUGCUGGAAGUGUUAUAUGUGUAUCAUCUUGACUGGCAGUGGCACCAGAAAGGAUCCAGACUCUCUUGGUUUUCUGCCAUUCAGUGUCCUACUUUGACUCUCGGCGUUGGUAUAGCAACCUACCUACCUACCUGCCUGCAGUGCUGAGACUCAUCGUUCCCUAAAAGGUUACAGAUACCUUUUCGCUGUAUUGUGCACUGUGAUAAAUUCAUAGACUGUGAAAAGUGUGGAAGAGUUUUGAAACAAAUUCUGAAACAAAAUCACCUCUAUUUUGGUGUGAUGAAUCUAUUAGUAAAAUCUUUGAUUGACAAGUAAUUUUCCUCAUCUUAUACAGUCCAUGGUUACUUCCCAAAUGGCACCCUAAUCCCUACUUAGUGCCCUAUAGGGGCCCUGGUCAAAAGUAGUGCACUACAUAGGGGAUAGGGUGCCAUUUGGGACGCCCCGUGUUCUAAAUGGUUAUCGGUGAGACCUUCCUUCCGUUCUGAAGUGUAGUACUGUGGAUAGAGAUCUGUAAGGAAACCACAGCCCUCCCUCUCUGAAGUGUAGUACUGUGGAUAGAGAUCUGUAAGGAAACCACAGCCCUCCCUCUCUGAAGUGUAGUACUGUGGAUAGAGAUCUGUAAGGAAACCACAGCCCCCUCUGUGCAGUAAAUGGUCUUCAUGUGGGCUCUUCCCAUGAUUUAACAAAUAAUCUCAACCUCACGUUCAGCCCUUGUUCUAUUUUGUUAUCAGUUGCAGACCUCCGAUUCCGCUCUGAAGUAGAAAUGUAUUUGCUGUUCCAGUAAUGGGUUUGGUAAUGGUGUUUUUUUUUACAGUAGCUGCUGGUGAAGCAGUCAGUGAACCUCACUAGCUUUUAGACGUCAUCUGAUAUCCCCAGUAGUCGCUGCCAGUGCACCCCAGCACUCCCGCGUAGACGGUCCUUCUACGGUUCUUCCCAUUGUGUUUCAGAAUUGUACAUCAGAUUUCAUUGACGGAGAGUAGUGAUGCAACAAAGGGAUGCAGGGAUGUAGCUCAGUUGAUAGAGCGUGGCGUUUGCAACGCCAGGGUUGUGGGUUCGAUUCCCACAGGGGGUAUGAAAAACAUUUAAAAAAUAAUGUAUGCACUAACUAACUGUAAGUCGCUCUGGAUAAGAGCGUCUGCUAAAUGACUAAAAUGUAAAAUGUAAAUGUAAAGGACACCACUGCCCUGUCAGUAAAGUAAAUGGUGUUUUGUGUGUGCUCUUCCCAUGGUAUUCCAUCAUUUGAUUUAUACAACGGGGUAGUUUAGAUCCUGGAUGCAGAUUUGUUAAUCCACAGGUAAUGCCUGUUUGAUACAUAUCAUAUUUCCUUGAAGGGUAGUUUGACAGAGACCUAGACCAUAUGGACUGAAUAGUGCUUUUUGCUAACAUGUGCUCACUAUGCCAACUAACAAUCACAUUUCCUUUGGACUGUUUGAUAUUGGUCUGUGGAUUGAAUAGAGUCUAUUGCUAACAAAGCAUGUAGUAUGAUGCGAUAGGGAACUAACCUCAGCACCUUCAGGAAGGGGCGUCCGUGUUGAAUUGAGGAUGAUUCUGAAUGGCCUUACUGACUGAUAACGCUUUGCUUGAAGCUUGACGGCAUAUUUUGGGAUUUGGCUUGACGUUAGGUCUUUUUCUUUCAUGACUAGCCCCUCCAGUCGCUUUGUAUGACCAUACUGCUAUAUCUUUUAUGUUCUUCUUUUUUUUGUGUGGCUUUCUGCAUACAAGGGCUGCUCCUGUCUUCUCUUCCUUGUGUCUUUCUUACUCGCAGUUAAAGUUUUGCUUUGUGUUUCAGAUUCGCUUCAUGUCUUCUUCUUCUUCUUCUUCUUCUUCUCUAUUUUUCCUUCUCCUCUCGUCCUUUUCUGUCCGCUUCUCUCCGCUACUCUCCGUCUCUCUUACCUCCCUGUUCCUGCGCUAUCCCCACUUCCUGUCCACCCCCCCCCCCCCCCCCCGUUUCCUCUGCCCCGCACCCUCCCCUGACAGACCUAUCCGAUUUCAAGAACAAUAACAAUAAUCGCCAAGCUGUCAAUCAAAAGGAUGAUCUCUCCACAGUGACCAAUGCCAUGACGGGGAUGAGCCCCUCCCCCUCUCUGUCCGCCCUGUCCAGUCGAGCCGGAUCAAUCGCCAGCCUCCACGACCGCAUCAUGUUCAGCCCCGGCAGUGAGGAGGCCAUCGAGAGACUCAAGGUGAACUGAUCACUUGAUUGAUGUAUUUAUUUAUGCAGUGAUUCAUUACAGUCAUACAUAAUUCCCCCUGUCCCACAUAUUGAACAUAGACACGGGGGGGGCACACCUUUUUGUUACACCCUCCGAUAUGAAUAUUUUUGAGAUUUCAUCAGGAAACAGAGAAGAUCAUUGCUGAGCUCAAUGAGACCUGGGAGGAGAAACUUCGCAGAACAGAAGCCAUCAGAAUGGAAAGGUGAGUAACUACCACUUCCACAUCUCUAUUUACAGUAUAGAUCUGCCUGCAGAUAGUAAGGAAAGGCCCAUACAGUCUUACAGUAUAGAUCUGCCUGCAGAUAGUAAGGAAAGGCCCAUACAGUAUCCGGCUCCAAGGACCAUGAAGAAUAGGAGACCGUUGCAUGGUUGGGGUCAAUUCGAAUUGAAUUGAGUUAAUUCAGGAAGUUAAAUUAAAUAAUAAAAAAAGGGCUUUUAUUUUUAAUAACUUUUCAAUAGUCCAAAAAGGAGAAACUAUUUAUUUCAAAAGUUUUUCAUUUUUACAUUUUAAAUUGAAAUCACUUCCUCAAUUGACUGACUUCAAUUUGAAUUGACCCCCAACCCUGGGCCAUUGUACAACUGUCCCUUCUCUUCCACAGAGAGGCCCUGCUGGCGGAGAUGGGCGUGGCCAUGAGGGAAGACGGAGGAACCGUGGGCGUGUUCUCCCCCAAGAAGGUAAGACAGCAACACAUUAACAAACAUCCUUUAACAGGUCAGCUAAUCAGGUCAGGUUAGGGUUAGGUUUAGGUUUAGGUUAGGGUUAGGUUUGGGUUAGGGUUAGUGUUAGGUUUAGGUUAGGGGUUAGUGUUAGGUUCGGUUAGGGUUAGGUUAGGGGUUAGUGUUAGGUUCGGUUAGGGGUUAGUGUUAGGUUUAGGUUAGGGGUUAGUGUUAGGUUCUGUUAGGGUUAGGUUAGGGUUAGGUUAGGGUUAGGGUUAGGGUUAGGGUUAGGUUAGGUUUAGGUUAGGGGUUAGUGUUAGGUUCGGUUAGGUUUAGGUUAGGUUUAGGUUAGGUUAGGUUAGGUUAGGUUAGGUUAGGUUUAGGUUUAGGUUUAGGUUAGGGGUUAGUGUUAGGUUCGGUUAGGGUUAGGUUAGGUUUAGGUUAAGGGUUAGUGUUAGGUUCGGUUAGGAUUAGGUUAGGGUUAGGUUAGGGGUUAGUGUUAGGUUCGGUUAGGGUUAGGUUAGGGUUAGGUUAGGGUUAGGUUAGGGUUAGGUUAGGGUUAGGUUCGGUUAGGGUUAGGUUAGGUUUGUGUUAGGUUAGGUUAGGGUUAGGUUAGGUUAGGGUUAGGUUCGGUUAGGGUUAGGUUCGGUUAGGGUUAGGUUAAGUUUAGGUUAGGGGUUAGUGUUAGGUUCGGUUAGGGUUAGGUUAGGGUUAGGUUAGGGUUAGGUUCAGUUAGGGUUAGGUUAGGUUUGUGUUAGGUUCGGUUAGGGUUAGGUUAGGGUUAGGGUUAGGUUCGGUUAGGGUUAGGUUAGGUUUAGGUUAGGGGUUAGUGUUAGGUUCGGUUAGGGUUAGGUUAGGGUUAGGUUAGGUUCGGGUUAGGUUAGGGUUAGGUUAGUGAUACUUUGCACUAGAGUGAAGUCAACAUUUGGUACGUACCUAUGUUCCUGAAUGAGCGUUCAAUGGAAAAGACAGGAAGUUCUCCCUCUGGGAUUUAUUCAACUCCGGAUGUCCUCUAUAUUUUCAGUGGUUGAGCAAGUUAAAUAGAUAUAUACGUUUUAUUUGAUGCAUUCAUGUUGAUUUACUUCCAAGCCCUCGUCAUCAGAGCAGAGCAGAAAGCCUGAGGCUGUGUUCAUAGACACAGUAGGACUGUUCUCACCCAAUGAGGUUGGUCCUUCUGGAGUGUCCAUCUUCCCAUACUGAGUGGUCUGCUCUGUCUGGAGUGUCCAUCUUCCCAUACUGAGUGGUCUGCUCUGUCUGGAGUGUCCAUCUUCCCAUACUGAGUGGUCUGCUCUGUCUGGAGUGUCCAUCUUCCCAUACUGAGUGGUUCUGCUCUGUCUGCAGUGUACUCUACUCCUCUCUGAGUGCUUCACUAGACCGUGACCUUCACAGAUCUUUCUGCUUCAACUCUCUUGUUUCUCAUUCUGUUUGAUUAAAGAGAGCAUGCAUCGACACAGGGUGUUUUGUCAGCCCAUAUUGAAAUGUCGGAAAUGUGAAUACUUUAUACCUUAUCCAGAACUUUUCAGUUCUGCAAACAUCGAAGGGUCAAGAGAAUUGGGAUAGGGGAGUGCUUUGGGACACAGCUGUGUGCCACUGAUUUCCUGCCUUUCCCCGGUAUGCCCUCCAUCUCCCAUUUCAGCAUGUAGCUCUAAUUGGAACCUGACUGUUAUGUACAGCUUUAUAGCAGGGGAGGAGAUCAACCAACUUUUUCCAUUUUCAUUAAGUCUCCUUCUCUUAAAAAAGGACUUCGAUUAAUUUAGUCUUCUCCCUUUAAACUACUUCAUUAUUCAGAGCAAACGAAGCCGUCAGUGGUCAACUCUGCUUCAAGCUUCAACCAGCAGAGUGACGUAAAACACAGAGAAGCAAAACCAUUCAGUUUAUGAAAGAUUUACAUACGUUUGUGUUAGCUAGUUCGCCAACUGUUGUUUGAUGGGUAUAAACGACUCGCAAAGAGAUGGCUAUUAAUCCCUAGGGUGUCUGACAAUUUGUAUUUCUUUAAACUCCUCAUCUCCCACCUAAAGAGGGAGUCUCUGGUUGUCCACAAUGGAACCCUGAUCCCUACAUAACGCACUAUAUGGGGCAAUAAGGUUCAAUUUGGGACGCAUCCUCUGUGCUUCUCUACAGUGGCCUUGCGAAAGUAUUCACCCCCCCACUUGGCAUUUUUCCUUUUUUUGUUGCCUUACAACCUGGAAUUAAAAUUGGUUUUUUUGGGGGGGGUUUGUAUCAUUUGAUUUACACAACAUGCCUACCACUUUGAAAUGCAACAUGUUUUUUUUUGUGUGUGACACAAACAAGAAAUAAGACCAAAAUAAAAACAGAACUUGAGCGUGCAUAACUAUUCACCCCCCCCCAAAGUCAAUACUUUGUAGAGCCACCUUUUGAAGCAAUUACAGCUGCAAGUCUCUUGGGGUAUGUCUCUGUAAGCUUGGCAUAUCUAGCCACUGGGAUUUUUUUGCCCAUUCUUCAAGGCAAAACUGCUCCAGCUCCUUCAAGUUGGAUGGGUUCCGCUGGUGUACAGCAAUCUUUAAGUCAUACCACAGAUUCUCAAUUGGAUUGAGGUCUGGGCUUUGACUAGGCCAUUCCAAGACAUUUAAAUGUUUCCCCUUAAACCACUCUAGUGUUGUUUUAGCAGUAUGCUUAGGGUCAUUGUCCUGCUGGAAAGUGAACCUCCGUCCCAGUCUCAAAUCUCUGGAAGACUGAAACAGGUUUCCCUCAAGAAUUUCCCUGUAUUUAGCGCCAUCCAUCAUUCCUUCAAUUCUGACCAGUUUCCCAGUCCCUGCCGACGAAAAACAUCCCCACAGCAUGAUGCUGCCACCACCAUGCUUCACUGUGGGGAUGGUGUUCUCGGGGUGAUGAGAGGUGUUGGGUUUGCGCCAGACAUAGCGUUUUCCUUGAUGGCCAAAAAGCUCAAUUUUAGUCUCAUCUGACCAGAGUACCUUCUUCCAUAUGUUUGGGGAGUCUCCCAGAUGCCUUUUGGCAAACACCAAACGUGUUUGCUUAUUUUUUCUUUAAGCAAUAGCUUUUUUCUGGCCACUCUUCUGUAAAGCCCAGCUCUGUGGAGUGUACGGCUUAAAGUGGUCCUAUGGACAGAUACUCCAAUAUCCGCUGUGGUGCUUUGCAGCUCCUUCAGGGUUAUCUUUUGUCUCUUUGUUGCCUCUUUGAUUAAUGCCUUCCUUGCCUGGUCCGUGAGUUUUGGUGGGCGUCCCUCUCUUGGCAGUUUGUUGUGGUGCCAUAUUCUUUCAAUUUUUUAAUAAUGGAUUUAAUGGUGCUCCGUGGGAUGUUCAAAGUUUCUGAUAUUUUUUUAUAACCCAACCCUGAUCUGUACUUCUCAACAACUUUGUCCCUGACCUGUUUGGAGAGUGGGGAGAACAACUAUUUGAUACACUGACGAUUUUGCAGGUUUUCCUACUUACAAAGCAUGUAGAGGUCUGUACUUUUUAUCAUAGGUACACUUCAACUGUGAGAGACGGAAUCUAAAACAAAAAUCCAGAAAAUCACAUUGUAUGAUUUUUAAGUAAUUAAUUUGCAUUUAAUUGCAUGACAUAAGUAUUUGAUCACCUACCAACCAUUAAGAAUUCCAGCUCUCACAGACCUGUUAGUUUUUCUUUAAGAAGCCCUCCUGUUCUCCACUCAUUACCUGUAUUAACUGCACCUGUUUGAACUCGUUACCUGUAUAAAAGACACCUGUCCACACACUCAAUCAAACAGACUCCAACCCCUCCACAAUGGCCAAGACCAGAGAGCUGUGUAUGGACAUCAGGGAUAAAAUUGUAGACCUGCACAAGGCUGGGAUGGGCUACAGGACAAUAGGCAAGCAGCUUGGUGAGAAGGCAACAACUGUUGGCGCAAUUUUUAGAAAAUGGAAGAAGUUCAAGAUGACGGUCAAUCACCCUCGGUCUGGGGCUCCAUGCAAGAUCUCACCUCGUGGGGCAUCAAUGAUCAUGAGGAAGGUGAGGGAUCAGCCCAGAACUACACAGCAGGACCUGGUCAAUGACCUGAAGAGAGCUGGGACCACAGUCUCAAAGAAAACCAUUAGUAACACAUUACGCCGUCAUGGAUUAAAAUCCUGCAGCGCACGCAAGGUCCCCCUGCUCAAGCCAGCGCAUGUCUAGGCCUGUCUGAAGUUUGCCAAUGACCAUCUGGAUGAUCCAGAGGAGGAAUGGGAGAAGGUCAUGUGGUCUGAACCCAAAAGAAAAUCUUUGGAGGGAGCUGAAAGUCCGUAUUGCCCAGCGACAGCCCCGAAACCUGAAUGAUCUGGAGAAGGUCUGUAUGGAGGAGUGGGCCAAAAUCCCUGCUGCAGUGUGUGCAAACCUGGUGAAGACCUACAGGAAACGUAUGAUCUCUGUAAUUGCAAACAAAGGUUUCUGUACCAAAUAUUAAGUUCUGCUUUUCUGAUGUAUCAAAUACUUAUGUCAUGCAAUAAAAUGCAAAUUAAUUACUUAAAAAUCAUACAAUGUGAUUUUCUGGAUUUUUGUUUUAGAUUCCAUCUCUCACAGUUGAAGUGUACCUAUGAUAAAAAUUACAGACCUCUACAUGCUUUGUAAGUAGGAAAACCCGCAAAAUCGGCAGUGUAUCAAAUACUUGUUCUCCCCACUGUAUAUACUGAGAUCAUGUGACAGAUCAUGUGACACUUAGAUUGCACACAGGUGGACUUUAUUUAACUAAUUAUGUGACUUCUGAAGGUAAUUGGUUGCACCAGAUCUUAUUUAGGGGCUUCAUAGCAAAGGGGGUGAAUACAUAUGCACGCACCACUUUUCUGUUAUUUAUUUUUUUGCUUUUUUGCUUUUUCAUUUCACUUCACCAAUUUGGACUAUUUUGUGUAUGUAAAUAAAAAUCCAUUUAAAUUACAGGUUGUAAUGCAACAAAAUAGGAAAAACGGCAAGGGGGAUGAAUACUUUUGCAAGGAACUGUAUACAAAACCUUGCAGAGAGAGCCUGUCCAACUGACAAUCUCUUUGAAAAAAAUAUAAACUAUUGGAACAAAGAUUUUAAAAUAACUGAUGUUGGCACAAGAUGGAGGGAAAUUUGGAGCGUAACAAAAUUACAGGUAACGAAAAUGUGCACAAUUCUACAGCACAACGGCAGAGUCAUGUCUCAAGUAUAAAACUAACUGUAACUCAAUAAUCCAUGCUUUCUGGGAACGCUAUAAAGUCCUAAAGUUAUGGGCGGAGUUAGAAAGCUGGCUGUCAGAAGUAUUACAAUGUAAAUGUACUUUUAAUUAAUCUUUCUGAAUAUUUCAAUACAUGUCAUAUGGGGGUGCAUUGAGAUACCCAAUGGGUAUCUCAUCACUCAUUUUGAAAAAAAAACGUAUACUUAAAAAACUUGGAAAUCAAUUCGCCAUCAUUAACACAAUGGAAUUUCAUUGAUUAUUGAAAUAUUGAAAUAGCAUGGGCGACAGAGAAAAACAAAUGGAAUACAAUUUAAGGACAAACAAUAAUGCAGACACUAGGGAUGGGUGUGUGUGAGCGCGCGGGUCGGGGCAGAGGAGAUGCAGUCAUUGUUUGUUUGCGCCUGUAAGUUAUUGUUCAAGAUGUAGAAGUUUGUAUAUGGAGUAAAAAUAAACAAUAAAACCAAAACAUGAAAUUAGGUUUAACAAAUAAUAUGACCACAUUUGAUACAUUAGAUGAGACAACAGGUAAAUUAAGUCCUAUGUGAACCCAUAAUAACCCUCCCUUCUGUAGACUCCUCACCUGGUGAACCUCAACGAGGACCCCCUGAUGUCAGAGUGCCUGCUGUACUACAUCAAAGAUGGCAUCACCAAGUAAGAGAGAUGUUUUUUUUUUUUUUGUCGUUUGAGCAGACGCUCUUAUCCAGAGCGACUUACAGAAGCAAUUAGGGUUAAGCGCCUUGCUCAAGGGCACAUGGACAGAUUUUUCACCUAGUCGGCUCGGGGAUUAGGACCAGCGACCUUGUUAUAAGAAUGUAUGAGGCUUAACAAUGGCUUAUAUGCUAUGUUAUGUAUCUUUAUGUAGAAUAUCACAAAUUCGUACAAUACCCUGACAUUAGCUCCUUUCUUUCCCAGGGUUGGUCGUGUGGACGCCAGCAGCAGACAGGACAUUGUCCUCAGUGGUCACUUCAUCAAGGACGAACACUGUACCUUCACCUCCACAACGGGACCCAUGGGAGAAGGUGAGAUAUUGGAUCCUUCUGGGCGUCAUGCUUUGGUUUAGUGAUCUGGUUGAGAGGCUGGGAGUGUUUUUAAUCGUUCAUGUGGAUACUGUCCCCGCGGCACAAUUCUCUAUUAUUUUCCUUAAAGAGCACCAUCUUACUUGGAUUGAAAAGCAAGCAUAGGAUUGGUGUAGGAGACCAUGCACAAACGCACACUUCAGGGAAAAGGGUGGAUAAUUAAGAUAUAAUAAUAAUAAAAUGCCAUUUAGCAGACGCUUUUAUCCAAAGCGCCUUACAGUCUUGUGCGCAUACAUUUUUACGUAUGGGUGGUCCCGGGGAUCGAACCCACUACCCUGGCGUUACAAGCGCCGUGCUCUACCAGCUGAGCUAUAGAGGACCACGGGCAGUGUCUCUGACGGAGUACAUCCCUCCCUCUGUCUGUCUCCCUUCUCCCCCAGUAGCAGUCACCCUGGAGCCCUGUGAGGGAGCUGAGACCUACGUCAACGGGAAGAGGGUCACAGAGGCUACAGUCCUCAAAUCAGGUGGGUCAACUAUCUGAUCGCACUCCCGCUCUCGCACCUCGUCACUCCGAUCGCCUCUACGUCGCGGCACCAGAACGCACCACCCAGAGUGCAAGAUCUCACGACAGAUGCCACUCCCGCGAAAGACCGUGAGACGAGAGAGCGAGACGAGAAAGAAACACACUCCCCCAGAGCAGAGGCGCGAUAUAGAUAGCCGCUGCUAGAAUAGAGCUCUCUCGCUCUCUCUCUCUCACUCAUCCUCUCUCUCACUCACUUUCAUCCCUCCGCUCUCUCUCUCUCUCUCUUUUCUCUCUCUUUUCCUGAGAUCUCCUCUAGACUUUCCCACUGAAUUUCUCCUGCUUCUCUUUUGUUCUUGUAACAUUCUUCACUUCUAUCCAGACAUUUGUACCUGUCACUGAAUGCUUUUUAAAAUGUCUCUCUCUCUGCUUUUUGGAUCAACCCUUCCUCCAGGGAACCGCAUUAUCCUGGGUAAGAGCCAUGUGUUCCGGUUCAACCACCCAGAGCAGGCGCGCCAGGAGCGGGAGAGGACACCCUGCGUUGACACCCCCGUGGAGCCGGUGGAUUGGGCCUUCGCACAGAGAGAACUGCUGGACAAACAGGGCAUCGACAUGAAGCAGGAGAUGGACCAGAGGUGAGAGAGGAGAAGGGCAGGAAAGAGGCUAGUCAUUACUGUAAGACAGAGGAGAGGGUUCAGAGGUGAGUGAGGGUGAGCUGAGAUCUGUGGUUGUGAGUGAGAGAGAGUUGAGAUGACAUCUGUGGUUGUGAGUGAGAGAGAGUUGAGAUGACAUCUGUGGUUGUGAGUGAGAGAGAGUUGACAUGACAUCUGUGGUUGUGAGUGAAGGAGGUUGACAUGACAUCUGUGGUUUGUCUGUCUACAGGCUUCAGGAGCUGGAAGAUCAGUAUCGCAAAGAGAGAGAAGAGACACACAACCUCCUGGAACAGCAGAGGCUGGUGAGACCUAUUCACAAACGGACAAAGGCCAGAAAUGGACAAGAUCAUCAAAAAUAUUCACAUUUUGUUUAACAUUGAGUCUGAGUCUGAAUUACGUUGAGUCUGAAUCUUUUAUAGUAAAGCUUGAUCAUGUGACCAUUUCCACAGGAUUAUGAGAGCAAGCUGGAAGCCCUUCAGAAACAGGUGGACCGCUACUACCCUGAGGUAGCAGGAGAGGAAGAGGAGGAGCCUGAGGAGGAAGGUACAUCAUUGGUUACUGACUUUUAUUUAUACUACAUGGCCAAGAGUAUGUGGACUCCUGCUCGUUCCAAAAUCAUGGGCAUUAAUAUGGAGUUGGUCCCCCCCCUUUGCUGCUAUAACAGCCUCACUCUUCUGGGAAGGCUUUCCACUAGAUGUUGGAACAUUGCUGCAGGGACUUGCUUCCAUUCAGCCACAAGAGCAUUAGUGAGGUCAUGUUGGGCGAUUAGGCCUGGCUCGCAGUCGGCGUUCCAAUUCAUCCCAAAGGUGUUUAAAAGGGGUUGAGGUCAGGGCUCUAUGCAGGCCAGUCAAGUUCUUCCACACCGGUAUCGACAAACCAUUUCUGUAUGGACCUCGCUUUGUGCAAGGGGGCAUUGUCAUGCUGAAACAGGAAAGGGCCUUCCCCAAACUGUUGCCACAAAGUCGGAAGCACAGAAUCGUCUAAAAUGUCAUUGUAUGCUGUAGCGUUAAGAUUUCCCUUCACUGGAACUAAGGGGCCUAGCCCAAACCAUGAAAAACAGCCCCAGACCAUUACUAUGCAUUGGGACAGGUAGCGUUCUCCUGGCAUCCGCCAAUCCCAGAUUUGUCCGUCGGACUGCCAGAUGGUGAAGCGUGAUUCAUCACUCCAGAGAACGCAUUUCCAAUGCUUCAGAGGCCAAUGAGCUUGUGUUGCCUACAACUUUGCGGCUGAGCCGUUGUUGCUCUUAGACGUUUCCACUUCACAAUAACAGCACUUACAGUUGACCGGGGCAGCUCUAGCAGGGCAGAAAUUUGACAAACUGACUUGUUGGAAAGGUGGUAUCCUAUGACGGUGCCACGUUGAAAGUCACUGAUCUCUUCAGUAGAGCCAUUCUACUGCCAGUGUUUUAUCUAUGGAGAUUGCAUGGCUGUGUGCUCAAUAUUAUACACCUGUCAGCAACGGGUGUGACUGAAAAUAGCUGAAUCCACUAAUUUGAAGGGGUGUCCACAUACUUUUAGUGUAUGACAAUCUGCAUGUUUGAAGACAUUGGCCCUGCGCAAGGCUCUGCUGAUCUAUAAAUUACAUUCAAAUAGCUGCUCAUUAUGUGAUCAAGAUCCUGCCCUGCUCAUGUCUAUCCCCUUGUAUGUACAGUAUAUAUAUAUAUAUAUAUAUCUCCUUGUGUUGAUGUUGAGCUCAGUGAGACCUGGAUGUUUGGUCACCUUGUUGUACCCUCUGCGCUCCACAGUGCAGUGGACGGAGAGGGAGACGGAGUUAGCCCUGUGGGGUUUCAGGAAAUGGCGCUGUUACCAGUUCACCUCCCUCAGAGACCAGCUGUGGGGAAACGCCAUCUUCCUCAAGGAGGCUAACGCCAUCAGCGUGGAACUCAAGAAGAAGGUUUGAGAACGUUCAGCAUGUUUUGUAUCACCACAGAAGCAUAACUUCUGUUUUUGUUUUCUUUCAAAUGCUUUGAGUGUUUGAUUGAGUCUGUCUGGAAUGCCAGAUGGGGUGAUGUUCGCUAAUACAAUUUGAACACAGGUCCGCUGUGUUGUACUAACCCUGUGCCUGCCACCCCCCCAAACCCCCAAACCCCCCCCCCCGCCAGGUCCAGUUCCAGUUUGUGCUGCUGACCGACACCCUGUACUCCCCCCUGCCCACUGACCUGAUGCCCCCUGAGGCAGCAAAGGACAGAGCGACCCGCCCGUUCCCCAGGACCAUCGUAGCUGUGGAGGUACAGGACCAGAAGAACGGGGCCACACACUGCUGGACCCUGGACAAACUCAGGUACUGUAGUAUUCUGUACUAAGCCAGAUCCCAGGUUUAGUAGUCCAUGUGGGAUAAUUACACCGAACAAAAAUAUAAACGCAACAUGCAACAUUUCAACGAUUACAGUUCAUAUAAGGAAAUCAGUCAAUUGAAAUACAUUCAUUAGGCCCUAAUCUAUGGGCAGGGGUGCAGCCACUGGUGAGCCAGGCCCGGCCAAUCAGAAUGAGUUUUUCCCCCACAAAAGGGCUUUCUUACAGACAGAAAUACUCCUCAGUUUCAUCAGCUGUCCGGGUGGCUGGUCUCAGAUGAUCCCGCAGGUGAAGAAGCCGGAUGUGGAGGUCCUGGGUUGGCGUGGUUACACGUGGUCUGUGGUUGUGAGGCCGGUUGGACGUACUGCCAAAUUCUCUAAAACGACAUUGGAGGCGGCUUAUGGUAGAGAAAUGAAAAUUUAAUUAUCUGGCAACAGCUCUGCUCUGGUGGACAUUCCUGCAGUCAGCAUGGCAAUUGCACGCUCCGUCAAAAUUUGAGACAUCUGUGGCAUUGUGUUGUGUGAAAUAACAUGUAGCCUGCACUAGGUCUAAUCCCAGUCUAUUUAGUCCUGUAACAUGUAGCCUGCACUAGGUCUAAUCCCAGUCUAUUUAGUCCUGUAACAUGUAGCCUGCACUAGGUCUAAUCCCAGUCUAUUUAGUACAGUAACAUGUAGCCUGCACUAGGUCUAAUCCCAGUCUAUUUAGUCCUGUAACAUGUAGCCUGCACUAGGUCUAAUCCCAGUCUAUUUAGUACUGUAACAUGUAGCCUGCACUAGGUCUAAUCCCAGUCUAUUAGUCCUGUAACAUGUAGCCUGCACUAGGUCUAAUCCCAGUCUAUUUAGUCCUGUAACAUGUAGCCUGCACUAGGUCUAAUCCCAGUCUAUUUAGUCCUGUAACAUGUAGCCUGCACUAGGUCUAAUCCCAGUCUAUUUAGUACUGUAACAUGUAGCCUGCACUAGGUCUAAUCCCAGUCUAUUUAGUCCUGUAACAUGUAGCCUGCACUAGGUCUAAUCCCAGUCUAUUUAGUCCUGUAACAUGUAGCCUGCACUAGGUCUAAUCCCAGUCUAUUUAGUCCUGUAACAUGUAGCCUGCACUAGGUCUAAUCCCAGUCUAUUUAGUCCUGUAACAUGUAGCCUGCACUAGGUCUAAUCCCAGUCUAUUUAGUCCUGUAACAUGUAGCCUGCACUAGGUCUAAUCCCAGUCUAUUUAGUACUGUAACAUGUAGCCUGCACUAGGUCUAAUCCCAGUCUAUUUAGUACUGUAACAUGUAGCCUGCACUAGGUCUAAUCCCAGUCUAUUUAGUACUGUAACAUGUAGCCUGCACUAGGUCUAAUCCCAGUCUAUUUAGUCCUGUAACAUGUAGCCUGCACUAGGUCUAAUCCCAGUCUAUUUAGUCCUGUAACAUGUAGCCUGCACUAGGUCUAAUCCCAGUCUAUUUAGUACUGUAACAUGUAGCCCUGCACUAGGUCUAAUCCCAGUCUAUUUAGUCCUGUAACAUGUAGCCUGCACUAGGUCUAAUCCCAGUCUAUUUAGUACUGUAACAUGUAGCCUGCACUAGGUCUAAUCCCAGUCUAUUUAGUACUGUAACAUGUAGCCUGCACUAGGUCUAAUCCCAGUCUAUUUAGUCCUGUAACAUGUAGCCUGCACUAGGUCUAAUCCCAGUCUAUUUAGUACUGUAACAUGUAGCCUGCAGUAGGUCUAAUCCCAGUCUAUUUAGUACUGUAACCUGUAGCCUGCACUAGGUCUAAUCCCAGUCUAUUUAGUCCUGUAACCUGUAGCCUGCACUAGGUCUAAUCCCAGUCUAUUUAGUACUGUAACAUGUAGCCUGCACUAGGUCUAAUCCCAGUCUAUUUAGUACUGUAACAUGUUGCCUGCACUAGGUCUAAUCCCAGUCUAUUUAGUACUGUAACCUGUAGCCUGCACUAGGUCUAAUCCCAGUCUAUUUAGUCCUGUAACAUGUAGCCUGCACUAGGUCUAAUCCCAGUCUAUUUAGUCCUGUAACCUGUAGCCUGCACUAGGUCUAAUCCCAGUCUAUUUAGUCCUGUAACAUGUAGCCUGCACUAGGUCUAAUCCCAGUCUAUUUAGUACUGUAACAUGUAGCCUGCACUAGGUCUAAUCCCAGUCUAUUUAGUACUGUAACAUGUAGCCUGCACUAGGUCUAAUCCCAGUCUAUUUAGUACUGUAACAUGUAGCCUGCACUAGGUCUAAUCCCAGUCUAUUUAGUCCUGUAACAUGUAGCCUGCACUAGGUCUAAUCCCAGUCUAUUUAGUACUGUAACAUGUAGCCUGCACUAGGUCUAAUCCCAGUCUAUUUAGUCCUGUAACAUGUAGCCUGCACUAGGUCUAAUCCCAGUCUAUUUAGUCCUGUAACAUGUAGCCUGCACUAGGUCUAAUCCCAGUCUAUUUAGUCCUGUAACAUGUAGCCUGCACUAGGUCUAAUCCCAGUCUAUUUAGUCCUGUAACAUGUAGCCUGCACUAGGUCUAAUCCCAGUCUAUUUAGUCCUGUAACCUGUAGCCUGCACUAGGUCUAAUCCCAGUCUAUUUAGUCCUGUAACAUGUAGCCUGCACUAGGUCUAAUCCCAGUCUAUUUAGUCCUGUAACAUGUAGCCUGCACUAGGUCUAAUCCCAGUCUAUUUAGUCCUGUAACAUGUAGCCUGCACUAGGUCUAAUCCCAGUCUAUUUAGUACUGUAACAUGUAGCCUGCACUAGGUCUAAUCCCAGUCUAUUUAGUACUGUAACAUGUAGCCUGCACUAGGUCUAAUCCCAGUCUAUUUAGUCCUGUAACAUGUAGCCUGCACUAGGUCUAAUCCCAGUCUAUUUAGUCCUGUAACCUGUAGCCUGCACUAGGUCUAAUCCCAGUCUAUUUAGUACUGUAACCUGUAGCCUGCACUAGGUCUAAUCCCAGUCUAUUUAGUCCUGUAACAUGCAGCCUGCACUAGGUCUAAUCCCAGUCUAUUUAGUCCUGUAACAUGUAGCCUGCACUAGGUCUAAUCCCAGUCUAUUUAGUCCUGUAACAUGUAGCCUGCACUAGGUCUAAUCCCAGUCUAUUUAGUCCUGUAACAUGUAGCCUGCACUAGGUCUAAUCCCAGUCUAUUUAGUCCUGUAACCUGUAGCCUGCACUAGGUCUAAUCCCAGUCUAUUUAGUCCUGUAACAUGUAGCCUGCACUAGGUCUAAUCCCAGUCUAUUUAGUACUGUAACAUGUAGCCUGCACUAGGUCUAAUCCCAGUCUAUUUAGUCCUGUAACAUGUAGCCUGCACUAGGUCUAAUCCCAGUCUAUUUAGUCCUGUAACAUGUAGCCUGCACUAGGUCUAAUCCCAGUCUAUUUAGUCCUGUAACAUGUAGCCUGCACUAGGUCUAAUCCCAGUCUAUUUAGUACUGUAACAUGUAGCCUGCACUAGGUCUAAUCCCAGUCUAUUUAGUCCUGUAACAUGUAGCCUGCACUAGGUCUAAUCCCAGUCUAUUUAGUCCUGUAACAUGUAGCCUGCACUAGGUCUAAUCCCAGUCUAUUUAGUACUGUAACAUGUAGCCUGCACUAGGUCUAAUCCAGUCUAUUUAGUACUGUAAAAUGUAGCCUGCACUAGGUCUAUACCAGUCUAUGUAGUAGCUGUAACAUGUAGCCUGCACUAGGUCUCAUCCCGGUAUUAGCCCUGUAACAUAGUGGUCCAUACAAUGCCCUGGGACACACCACAUUGUGUCUUUUUCAAACAGAAUUUGCUGUGUGUAUCCAUGGAGAGACACGCACAUUGUGAACAUUUGUGAAAUAAUAUGAUUACAUAUCUCAGAAAUGACAAAUGUGUAUAUGUUACAAUAAUCUACACUAUAUGUUAUAGAAGCAUAGUCUUAAAGAUCAUAUAGAUCUCUCUCAGAUGUAUCUUAAUAUAUGUAUAUGAAUUAUCAUUCUCUCUCUCUGUCUCUCUCUCUCUCUCUCGCUGUCUCUCUCGCUCUCUCUCUCUCUCUCCUCUCUCUGUCUCUCUCUCUUUCUCUCUCUCUCUCUCUUCUCUCUCUAUCUUCUCUCUCUUGUCUAUUCGUGUCCGUGUCUCUCUGGUCCCCCUGCAGCGCGUCUGCCUGAUGAGAGAGUGUGACGAGCAGCGAGUUCCACAGCCCAUAGCGCUCGCACCCCCUUCUACACCGCUUCCUCCUGGUUCCGUCUGGCGCAGUACAGUACAUGACAUCCUGGUCAAGCAUGUCAGACAGAACAUACCGAACACUACAUAAUACUCCUGGAUACUCCAGACACUACGGGAACACUGACCAGACACUACCAUGAUACUACCGGAGUCACACCAGACACACCAUGAAACUGUAAACCCUACCAGAACACUACAAAACACUCCAUGGAUUACCAUACUACCAGGAACAUCCCAAACCUACCAGAAUUACCAGAACACACCAUAAUACUACCAGAACACUACCAUAAUACCAUGAUACACCAUAAUACUACCAGAAUCUACCAGAACAUACCAGAUACUAGAAAACCAGAACACUACCAUGAUAUACAUGAUACCAUAAUACUACCAGAUACUACCAUGAACUACAUAAUACCAUGAACACUACCAAACACUACCAGAUACUACAUAAUACUACCAUGAUACUACCAUGAUACUACCAUAAUAAUACCAUAAUACUACCAAAUACCUACCAGAUACUAUAAUACUACCAAAACACUACCAUAAUACUACCAGAACACUACCAGAACUCUACCAGAAACUAUCGAAACUACAGAACACUACCAAAACACUACCAUGAUACUACCAAAAUACCAUGAUACUACCAUAAACACCAGAACACUACCAUGAUACUACCAUGAUACUACCAUAACACCAAACUACCAUAACCUACCAGAACACUCCCAAUAACACUACCAUGAACAAACCAAAACACUACAUUAUACUACCAGAACACUACCAAAACACUACCAGAACACUACCAUGAUACUACCAUAAUACUACCAUAAUACUACCAUGAUACUAUCAUAAUACUACCAUGAUACUACCAUAAUACUACCAGAACACUACCAGAACUCUACCAGAACACUAUCAGAACACUACCAGAACACUACCAAAACACUACCAUGAUACUACCAUAAUUAUACCAUGAUACUACCAUAAUACUACCAGAACACUACCAUGAUACUACCAUGAUACUACCAUAAUACUACCAAAACACUACCAUGAUACUACCAGAACACUACAAUAACACUACCAUGAUACUACCAGAACACUACAUUAAUACUGCCAGAACACUACCAAAACACUACCAGAACACUACCAUGAUACUACCAUAAUACUACCAUGAUACUACCAAAACACUACCAUGAUACUACCAGAACACUACCAUAACACUACCAGAACACUACCAGAACACUAACAAAACACUACCAUAAUACUACCAUGAUACUACCAGAACACUACCAUAAUACUACCAUAAUACUACCAUAAUACUUCCAUAAUACUGCCAUAAUACUACCAGAACACUACCGUAAUACUACCAUAAUACUACCAGAACAUUACCAGAACACUACCAUAAUACUAUCAGAACACUACCAUGAUACUACCAUAAUACUACCAUAAUACUACCAGAACACUACCAUAAUACUACCAUAAUACAACCAUGAUACUACCAGAACACUACCAUAAUACUAUCAGAACACUACCAUAAUACUACCAUAAUACUACCAGAACACUACCAAAACACUACCAUAAUACUACCAUGAUACUACCAGAACACUACCAUAAUACUACCAUAAUACUACCAGAACACUACCAUAAUACUACCAUAAUACUACCAGAACACUACCAGAACACUACCAUAAUACUAUCAUGAUACUACCAGAACACUACCAGAACACUAACAAAACACUACCAUAAUACUACCAUGAUACUACCAGAACACUACCAUAAUACUACCAUGAUACUACCAGAACACUACCAUAAUACUACCAUAAUACUACCAUAAUACUACCAGAACACUACCAGAACACUACCAUAAUACUACCAUGAUACUACCAGAACACUACCAGAACACUACCAGAACACUACCAAAACACUACCAUAAUACUACCAUGAUACUACCAGAACACUACCAUAAUACUACCAUGAUACUACCAGAACACUACCAGAACAAUACCAGAACACUACCAAAACACUACCAUAAUACUACCAGAACACUACCAAAACACUACCAUGAUACUACCAGAACACUACCAGAACACUACCAGAGCACUACCAGAACACUACCAGAACACUACCAAAACACUACCGUGGCAGAGGUACACUAGUGAAGAUCUCAUCACACAUUAACCCCAGCAGGUACAUAGUCCAUGGUUCACAUCAACCCCAGCACGUUCACAGUCCAUGGUUCUAUAGAACAGCAUAAAGGAAACAGGGAAGGGUAGUGCGUACGUCCAAGUACAUCACUGGGGCCAAGCUUCCUGCCAUCCAGGACCUACAGUUCCAGUCAAAGUUUGGACACACCUACUCAUUUAAUAGUUUUUCUUUAUUUGUACUAUUUGUUACAUUGUAGAAUAAUAGUGAAGACAUCAGAACUAUGAAAUAACACAUAUGGAAUCAUGUAGUAACCAAAAAAGUGUUAAACAAAUCAAAAUAUAUGUUACAUUGGAGAUUCUUCAAAUAGCCACCCUUUGCCUUGAUGACAACUUUGCAGACUCUUGGCAUUCUCUCAACCAGCUUCACCUGGAAUGCUUUUCCAACAGUCUUGAAGGAGUUCCCACAUAUGCUGAGCACUUGUUGGCUGUUUUUCCUUCACUCUGCGGUCCGAUUCAUCCCAAACCAUCUCAAUUGGGUUGAGGUCGGGUGAUUGUGGAGGCCAGGUCAUCUGAUGCAGCACUUCAUUACUCUCCUUCUUGGUAAAAUAGCCCUUACACAGCCUGGAGGUGUGUUGGGUCAUUGUCCUGUUGAAAAACAAAUGAUAGUCCCACUAAGCCCAAACCAGAUGGGAUGGCGUAUCGCUGCAGAAUGCUGUGGUAGCCAUGCUGGUUAAGUGUGUCUUGAAUUCUAAAUAAAUCACAGACAGUGUCACCAGCAAAGCACCCCCACACAAUAACACCUCCUCCUCCAUGCUUUACGGUGGGAAAUACACAUGCGGAGAUCAUCCAUUCACCCACACUGCGUCUCACAAAGACACGGUGGUUGGAACCAAAAAUCUCCAAUUUGGACUCCAGACCAAAGGACAAAUGUCCACCGGUCUAAUGUCCAUUGCUUGUGUUUCUUGGCCCAAGCAAGUCUCUUCUUCUUAUUGGUGUCCUUUAGUAGUUCUUUCUUUGCAGCAAUUCGACCAUGAAGGCCUGAUUCACACAGUCUCCUCUGAACAGUUGAUGUUGAGAUGUGUCUGUUACUUGAAAUCUGUGAAGCAUUUAUUUGGGCUGCAAUCUGAGGUGCAGUUAACUCUAAUGAACUUAUCCUCUGCAGCAGAGGUAACUCUGGGUCUUCCUUUCCUGUCGCGGUCCUCAUGAGAGCCAGUUUCAUCAUAGCGCUUGAUGGUUUUUGCAACUGCACUUGAAGAAACGUUCAAAGUUCUUGUAUUGACUAACCUUCAUGUCUUAAAGUAAUGAUGGACUGUCGUUUCUCUUUGCUUAUUUGAGCUGUUCUUGCCAUGAUAUGGACUUGGUCUUUUACCAAUUAGGGCUGUCUUCUGUAUACCCCCCCUACAUUUUACAUUUUACAUUUUAGUCAUUUAGCAGACACUCUUAUCCAGAGCGACUUACAGUUAGUGAGUGCGGACAUUUUUUUCAUACAUUGUCACAACACAACUGAUUGGCUCAAACGCAUUAAGAAGGAAAGAAAUUCCACAAAUUAACUUUUAAGAAGGCACACCUGUAAAUUGAAAUGUAUUCCAGGUGACUUCCUCAUGAAGCUGGUUGAGAGAAUGCCAGGAGUGUGCAAAGCUGUCAUCAAGGCAAAGGGUGGCUAUUUGAAGAAUCUCAAUUACAAAAUAUAUUUAGAUUGGUUUAAACCCUUUUUUGUUACUACAUGAUUCCAUAUGUGUUAUUUCAUAGUUUUGAUGUCUUCACUAGUAUUCUACAAUGUAAAAAAUAGUAAAAAUAAAGAAAAAACGUUGAAUGAGUAGGUGUGUCCAAGCUGUUGACUGGUACUGUAUAUGCUAGGUGGUGUCAGAGGAAGGCCCCAAAAAUUGUCAAAGACUCCAGUCACCCAAGUCAUAGACUGUUCUCUCUGCUACCGCACGGCAAACGGUACCGGAGCACCAAGUCUAGGUCCUGAACAGCUUCCCCUCCCCCCCUUUGUUUUUACAUUUUAGUAAUUGAACAGACUCUCUUAUCCAGAGCAACUUACAGGAGCAAUUAGGGUUAAGUGCCUUGCUCAAGGGCACAUCGACAGAUUUUUCACCUAGUCGGCUCAGGGAUUAGAACCAGUGACCUUUCGGUUACUGGCACAACGCUCUUAACCACUAAGCUACCUGCCGCCCCAUUUUUACACUGCUGCUACUCUCUGUUUAUUAUCUAUGUAUAGUCACCUUACCCCUCCCUACAUGUACAAAUUACCUCGACUAACCUGUACCCCCGCACAUUGACUCGGUACCAGUACCCCCUGUAUAUAGCCUCAUUGUUGUUAUUUUAUUGUGUUAUUUUUUUUUUUUUACUUUAGUUUAUUUAAACUCUAUUUCUUGAACUGCAUUGUUUGUUAAAGGCUUGUAAGUAAGCAUUUCACGGUAAGGUCUACACCUGUUGUAUUCGGCGCAUGUCACAAAUACAAUUUGAUUAGAUUUGAACCUCUCCUCUAGCAGUCAUUGAUAGAUGCCUUUAGUAGAUCAACCAGUCUUCCAUAUGAACCUGAAGGGACCCAUUGGUCAUGUUCAUUAAGGGCACACUGUAGCGAAAACGUUGACAUUGUAACUCUUUGUUUCCUUUCCGUUUCGGACCAUUUUUCUUCCAUUUCGUGCCUGGUGAACAUGACCGAGGUUUUCUACAGCUGAACUGCUCCCCUACCUAUUCCUCCAUCUAGACCUACCAGUGUGUUUCUAUCUGUUUUAGUCCACUUUCUAACUUACUUCCCAUGUUUCUGGCUGCACCCCCCCCCCCCCCCUACCAGCAACCCCCUUUUCAACGUGUGCAUGAGCGAGCGCAUGAGUGAUCCCACUCCCUCCCCCACCCUCUCCACCUCCGAGCUAACUGAGCUGGCUGACGCUCGGCCGGAAGGGCGAGGAGGGGAGGAGGAGUUGGAGGCUUUGGAGGAUCUGGACGAUGAUAUCUUUUUGGACGACCCGUGCUCGGAGCUCGGGGAUGAUGAUGAUGAUGAUGAUGAUGAUGAUGAGGGAGAGCUGUGCCGAGGCGGCUCCAGCGAAGGCCUGGAUCCCUUUUAUGACCGCUCUCCGUUAUUCAGUGUAGUGGGAAGGUUGGUGAGGUUUCAGGAGCAUGCUGGGGGUGGAAACUAGCUCUUUCACACUGAGACACUCUGGUUCUCUCUGCUGCCCGAGGGAACACACACACUAACGCGCGCACACACAUGCACAACACCUACAAAAUGGGAAACGAACAAAUGCACGCACACACCUGCAUACACACACACACACACACACACACACCACAGGAAAUUAUGAUUUAACAACAAUAUUAACACUGGAUAGAGGUUGUUGUUUACUAAUUUACUCCAAGUAGGGAAAGGAUGGCGGGGUUGAAAAGUAAUAAAGGGUAGUAUAUAUAUAAAAAACAUGGGGGAUUGGAAGUGAUGCAGACAAUUACAUUGAUAGAAGAUACAAUCUAUCUGCAAUAUUAAGCUGAUCCAUCCCCCCCCCAAAAAAAAUAAAAAUAAAAAUAAAAAUAAAAAUAAACAAAUUAUAAUUAAAAAAUAAUAUAUAUAUAAAAAAUAAUAAUAAAUGUUUAAAAAUAAUAAAAAAACACUGGAUAGAGGUUCUGUCGUUGUUUGGCAACCAAACUACACACGUCCACAUUGACCUAUGUUUGCUUUUACAAGUUAGCAUUUUCAUUGCAUCUGGAAGGGCAGUAUUUUCCAGAGAGGCAUCUGCAGCUGUAGCAUGAGAACACAUUAUUGGGAGUGACAUCAUUUUGGUUGGGUCCAUCCAAUACAGAGAUCAGAAACAAUACUGAAUUACCCAAGGUCCCCUGCCUCUCGUUCAGUCCCCCUUUUCAUGUGUCCACAUCUGAGGCACUCCCAUUACACUGUAACUCCACCAAUGGCCAUAAAGCCUGUGCUCCAGUCAAACAUCCUUUCCUCAGCUCUUAGCCUCUGUCGGGUCUGGGGGGGGGGGGGGGGGGGAUAGAUGUCACUGCUAACUACCAGCCACACUACCCUUUAAUCAGAGGCAACUCCCUCCCUUAUAACUAUAUAAGGCCCUCCCUGACGUAUAUCUCCAGCUCUUCUAUGCUAGCUGCUAGCUCCAGACCUUGCCUCAGCUCUCUCAGGGUGUUUUCACACAUAGUUCUGAGCUGUAGUUCUAAUCGCAGCUCCAUUAAGUUCCAUUAUUACAUUCUAUAUAUUUUUUUUUAUUUUAGUUUGGUUGGUUUCACGUUGCCAAAUGUAAAAAAAAUAAAAAAAAUAAUAAUAAUCUAAAAAGAAAAGGAAACAACGCAGGUUUCCAUGCAAGUCAUUUUGUUUAUUGGACAAAAAAUUGCUGAAGUUAAAUCCAUCUAUGAUCAUCGGUUUACCGGGCUGGAUUAUCAUGAAGCAACCCAUAUCUGAUGCUAUACUCACAUAAUCAGAGAUAUCAAGUUAUGAUGCAACCAAUAAUACUGUGUGACUCUAGUUAUUUUUGCUGUGUUUGGGCCCGGACUGCGUUCUCACCUGCAGCGAAGCGAACCUCAGUACGAACUGAAUCAGACAACCCUUUUUGAGCGAACCGCGUGUGUUUUUUAGUGUGCUCCCGAGUGUGGAUAGUGUUCACACCAGUCCAAGUGAACCCAACUAAGGGGGUAAACACACCAGAGUUCGGAAAAACAGCAUCAAACCAUUUCGGUGUGAAAGCCCCCUUAGUCUUAGUCCCUAUGAGCUCUGAGGUACAGUGGCUUGUGUAAGUAUUCACCCCCCUUGGCAUUUUUCCUAUUGCCUUACAACCUGGAAUUAAAAUUGAUUUUUUGGGGGGUUUGUAUCAUUUGAUUUACACAACAUGCCUACCACUUUGAAGAUGCAAAAUAUUUUUUGGGGUGAAACAGAAAACUUGAGCGUGCAUAACUAUUCACCCCCCCCCCCCCCACCCAAAGUCAAUACUUUGUAGAGCCACCUUUUGCAGCAAUUACAGCUGCAAGUCUCUUGCGGUAUGUCUCUAUAAGCUUGGCACAUCUAGCCACUGGGAUUUCUGCCCAUUCUUCAAGGCAAAACUGCUCCAGCUCCUUCAAGUUGGAUGGGUUCUGCUGGUGUACAGCAAUCUUUAAGACAUACCACAGAUUCUCAAUUGGAUUGAGGUCUGGCUUUUGAUUAGGCCAUUCCAAGACAUUUAAAUGUUUCCCCUUAAGCCACUCGAGUGUUGCUUUAGCAGUAUGCUUAGGGUCAUUGUCCUGCUGGAAGGUGAACCUCCGUCCCAGUCUGAAAUCUCUGGAAGACUGAAACAGGUUUCCCUCAAGAAUUUCCCAGUUUCCCAGUCCCUGCCGAUGAAAAACAUCCCCACAGCAUGAUGCUGACACCACCAUGCUUCACUGUGGGGAUGGUGUUCUCGGGGUGAUGAGAGGUGUUGGGUUUGCGCCAGACAUAGCGUUUUCCUUGAUGGCCAAAAAGCUCAAUUUUAGUCUCAUCUGACCAGAGUACCUUCUUCCAUAUGUUUGGGGAGUCUCCCACAUGGCUUUUGGCGAACACCAAAUUAAUUUGCUUAUUUUUUUCUUUAAGCAAUGGCUUUUUUCUGGCCACUCUUCCGUAAAGCCCAGCUCUGUGGAGUGUAUGGCUUAAAGUGGUCCUAUGGACAGAUGCUCCAAUCUCCACAAAUGUUUUAAUAAUGGAUUUAAUGGUGCUUCGUGGGAUGUUCAAAGUUUCUGAUAUUUUUUUAUAACCCAAACCUGAUCUGUACUUCUCCACAACUUUGUCCCUGACCUAAUUGGAGACCUCCUUGGUCUUCAUGGCGCCGCUUGCUUGGUGGUGCCCCUUGCUUAGUGGCGUUGCAGACUCUGGGGACUUUCAGAACAGGUGUAUAUAUACUGAGAUCAUGUGACACUUAGACUGCACACAGGUGGACUUUAUUUAACUAAUUAUGUGACUUCUGAAGGUAAUUGGUUGCACCAGAUCUUAUUUAGGGGCUUCAUAGCAAAGGGGGUGAAUACAUAUGCACGCACCACUUUUCCAUUAUUAUUUUUUUUGAAAAUUUUGAAACAAGUUAUUUUUUUCAUUUCACUUCACCAAUUUGGACUAUUUUGUGUAUGUCCAUUACAUGAAAUCCAAAUCAAUUUCAAUUACAGGUUGUAAUGCAACAAAAUAGGAAAAACGCCAAGGGGGAUGAAUACUUUUGCAAGGCACUGUAGACCCUACCAGCUCCCUCCCAGCUCCCUACCAGCACUGUACCAGCUCCCUACCAGCUCCCUACCAGCUCCCUCCCAGCUCCCUACCAGCAACGUACCAGCUCCCUGCCAGCUCCCUACCAGCUCCCUACCAGCUCCCUACCAGCUCCCUACCAGCAACGUACCAGCUCCCUGCCAGCUCCCUACCAGCAUCCUACCAGCUCCCUCCCAGCUCCCUACCAGCAUCCUACCAGCUCCCUCCCAGCUCCCUACCAGCAUCCUACCAGCUCCCUACCAGCUCCCUACCAGCAUCCUACCAGCUCCCUACCAGCUCCCUACCAGCAUCCUACCAGCUCCCUACCAGCUCCCUACCAGCAUCCUACCAGCUCCCUACCAGCUCCCUACCAGCUCCCUACCAACAUCCUACCAGCUCCCUACCAGCUCCCUACCAGCUCCCUACCAGCAUCCUACCAGCUCCCUACCAGCUCCCUACCAGCACUGUACCAGCUCCCUACCAGCUCCCUACCAGCUCCCUACCAGCUCCCUACCAGCUCCCUACCAGCUCCCUACCAGCUCCCUACCAGCUCCCUACCAGCUCCCUACCAGCUCCCUACCAGCAUCCUACCAGCUCCCUCCCAGCUCCCUACCAACAUCCUACCAGCUCCCUACCAGCUCCCUACCAGCUCCCUACCAGCUCCCUACCAGCUCCCUACCAGCAUCCUACCAGCUCCCUGCCAGCUCCUUGCCAGCUCCCUACCAGCUCCCUGCCAGCUCCCUGCCAGCUCCCUGCCAGCUCCCUACCAGCUCCCUGCCAGCUCCCUGCCAGCUCCCUACCAGCUCACUACCAGCUCUCUAGAAGCCCUUUCAUGAAUCAGGCCAUCAGAGGCACUCCAACUUCAGACACCGCUCCUUGCCUGGGUUCUGAGGGAGAAGUGUCGUCGUUGGUAACUACCAGCCACACUGCUCUUUUCAUAAAUUAGGCUUCUUAUUUAACUGUCAUACUCCAAAGAUGGAAGGUUUUUUAUAUUGUUCAAAACCUGACAGUAAAAAAAAUCUAUAUAAAUCCAUAAUCCCAACAAAUAUCAAAAUAUAUUGGUAGACAUUUUGGGGCUUUUAUGCUUUUCUUGAUAAUUGUCAUACUUUGAGUCUCAUCAGAAAUGACUUGUCUUGUGAGCACUUACCUUGACCCAGGGCUUGACCUAGACUACACAGAUCACACCAGGGCUUGAUCUAGGCUACACAGAUCUCAUCAGGAUCUAGGCUACACAGAUCACACCAGGGCUUGACCUAGGCUACACAGAUCACAUCAGGGCUUGAUCUAGUCUAUACAGAUCACACCAGGGCUUGAUCUAGUCUAUACAGAUCACACCAGGGCUUGAUCUAGUCUAUACAGAUCACACCAGGGCUUGAUCUAGGCUAUACAGAUCACACCAGGGCUUGAUCUAGGCUAUACAGAUCACACCAGGGCUUGAUCUAGGCUAUACAGAUCACACCAGGGCUUGAUCUAGGCUAUACAGAUCACACCAGGGCUUGAUCUAGGCUAUACAGAUCACACCAGGGCUUGAUCUAGGCUAUACAGAUCAGGGAGGAUGCUCCUUCUUGACAUCCUUCUUGAUGAUGACCCUGCCCCUGAUUGGUGGAUUCAUCCAUGCCACUUUGCUUCACUUGUAAUCCAAGCAAAGUUGUUGCUCAACGAAUGCUUGAGGUGUGUGUCUCACCUUUUUGUAUGUCUAAAAUGCAGGAGACCAUCAUCUUAAACACUGACAUGUCUCAUAUAUCUUCUGACAUCUGUUUUUGUUUUUGCAUAACGCAGACAGAUGCCUCUCAUUGCUAAAUGUUCUUGCCAUGUCAUGAAUGUUCUCUUGAUAGUAAGUAGAAACGAAUCAUCAAAUGAUUCAUCAAACGAUUCAUGUGAAACAACUGAUUCAGGAAGUGAUUCAGGAAGACUCAAUGUCUCAAUGAUGAAAGAGCUGGUUUCUACUGCAGCUGUCUCUUUUAGGCAUGCCAGAGCACAAUAUUCUUUAUUUUGACCUUUUUUUGUAAAAUUUUACAUGGGAAUUGGCUCCCCCACAAACCACACUCCACUUCUCAUGGGAGUGGCUUAUUUUGUAUUUAUGAUGUCAUCCUUUUUUCCCCCGUCGUAACAUAUUUCAAGCUGUUGGCUGUUGGUUCAAGCUUUUAGCCAUGUUCCGUUUGAUGAUGAUUUCUGCUUGAUUUGUUUUCGAUUCCUUUGAGUCAAGAAGGCCUUUUUGUUCCGAGCAUGCCUUCUUUACACCUCACCAAUCUUGUCGUUAGCCUCCCCUUCCUACCACUCCUUUACCCCUUAAAUGUCUACCCGCCCCAUUGGUUUUUCGGAAACGUGGUCCUCACAGCAAGACACAAUUGUAGGCCUACAGUAUGUUACAGAGCAUAGGAGCUAACCCUACAGCAUGUUACAGAGUAUAGGAGCUAACCCUACAGCAUGUUACAGAGUAUAGGAGCUAACCAUAUAGCAUGUUACAGAGUAUAGGAGCUAUGGUCUCUGACAAGAGAGUGAAACAAAAUAUCCUUAAGAAGAUGUUCCCACAUCUGCCAUAAAUCUCUUCAACAAUAUGACAAAGACUUGUUCAGGUGAUCUUAUCAUGAUACUUACAGACUUUCAGAGCUUCUCAGAUUUCACUGUAUUGUUACUUGUAAGGGAUGUCUCCUGUAGUCUGUACUGACAAGCUCUCCCCAUGCUGUAGCUGGCUAGACAGACAGACAGACAGACAGACAGACAGACAGACAGGCAGGCAGGCAGGCAGGCAGGACAGACAGACAGACAGACAGACAGACAGACAGACAGACAGACAAGAACAGGACAGACAGACAGAAGACAGACAAAGCACAGACAGCAGGAAAGACAAAGGGACAGCCAUGUUGAAGUUUUAUAAGCGAAAACAGCGACAGUCAAAAAUUCAGCGGGGGGAGUGUGGUUUCCCGGUUUUUUUUGGGUUGCUUUACCUUGGUUUCUCCUUUUCGGGGGUUUUUCUCCUUUUAUCUUCUCCUCUCUCCCUCCCCUCCUCCCUCUUCGGGGCCCCUUUUCCCCCGGGGUCUCUGAAAAACCCCCCCCCCCCCCCGAAAACUCCCCCCCGCCCCCCUCCCCCCCCCCCCCCGCCCUUUCCCCCCCCCCCCCCCCCCCGCCCCCGCCCCCGGGGGGCCCCCCCCCCCCAAAACCCCCCCCCCAAAAAAAGUUUAAAAAGGGAAAACCCCCAAAAGGGGAAAGGAAAACCCCCUUUUUUCCCCCUCCCGCUCUCGCUCCUUUUCUCUCAAUCCCCCCCCCCUCUCUCUCCUCCCCUCCCUUCCCCCUUUCCCUUCCCUCCCUCCCUUCCUUUCCCCUUUCCUUCUUCGCUUUCUCUUUCUUUCUCUCUUUCUUAUUCUUCCUCUCUCCUCCCUUCUUUCCCCAUCUCCCCUCCCUCUCCCCUCCCCCUUUGUGUUCCCUUGGCUCUCCUCUUCCCUUCCCCUUUCCCCUUCCCCUUCCUCUCUGGAAGGGGGGCGGUUUUUUCCUCGCUUUCCUUUCUGCCCCCCUUCCCCCCCCCCUACAAUCAUAACUCCCAAAAAUUCCCUAAACCUUGUACCCGGCCCCCCUCUUUUUCUUUUGCUUUUUUUUCUUCCCCCCCGCCCCCCCCCCUUUUUUUUUUUGCCCCUUUUUGGGGGUUUUUUUUUUUCCCCCCCCCCCCCUUUCCCCUUCUUUUUUUUUCCCCCCCUUUUCCCCCCCCCCCCCCCACCCCCCCGCCCCCCCCCCCCCCCCCCCCCUUUUUUUUUGGGGGGGGUUUUUUUUUUUUUUUUUUUUUGGGGGGAUUUUGGGGAAAACACUCCCCCCGCUCUUCUCCGCCCUCUUCCCCGUCUCUCUCUCUCUCUCUCUGCUUGCUCUCUCGCUCUCUCUUCUCAUUACCCGCCCCUCUCUCUCGCUUGGCAUCCCUUGCCCUCCUCUCUCUCCUCCUCUCUCGCUCUCGUUUUUCGCUUCUCUUUUAUUCUCGUUCUCUUCAAGGUUAUGUUUCCUUUUAUCUCUGUCUAUCUCUCUCUCUCUCCCUCUCUGCACCUUUCCCUCUCUCCCUGUCUCCCUCCCCUACAGAGCUUUUGUGUACCUGAGUAACCUGCUGUACCCUGUGCCCCUGGUCCAUCGUGUGGCCAUCGUCAGUGAGAAGGGAGAGGUCAAAGGAUUCCUCAGGGUGGCUGUACAGGCUAUCUCAGGUAAGAUCUGGACCACAGACCUCCACCCCCAUUACAAUCAAUCAAACUCAAUACAGCAAACAAGCUAAUGGCCUAACAUGAAGCAUUGGGGGAUCUGUACAGUACUGGGGACUUCAUAAGACCCUCAUUACAGUCAGUAUAUUAGCUUAGGUAGGGUUUGACUCUAGGACAGACUGAGUGUGACUUCUAGAGGAAGUCAAGUGAAGGUGUUUUGUGUUUCCCUCCAGCUGAUGAGGAGGCUCCCGACUACGGCUCCGGUGUCCGCCAGUCUGGCACCGCCAAGAUCUCCUUCGAGGACCGGGAGUUUGAGAAGGUAUGUCUCCAGAGCAAACCAACAGAGGAUAUUGUUUUGUCUAGUCAGUGCCUAUGUAGCUCCCCUAGUUUUACUAGCUAACUGUCGGUAGCAACCUCUUAGAGAUAGAUAGAGGACUCUAGUGCCCAAAAGCCUGAGCGUCAUUGAGGACUUUCACCAUUUUGAAGUAGUCAGCUGGGUGAGACUUCCUAUGGGUUAAGGAAGGAUCACAUGAUUCCAUCCAGGUUAUCAGGAGACAUCAGCCAAUUAAUUAUACGUUCCAUAACUGCAGGUGGCAGUACAUCGCCAACCUUGGCUUUAUAUCUGUUCAAACAACAUACUCCAGCCGGCAGUAUGGUAGAGCACGGCGCUUGUAACGCCAGGGUAGUGGGUUCGAUCCCCGGGACCACCCAUACGUGAAAAUGUAUGCACGCAUGACUGUAAGUCGCUUUGGUUAAAAGUGUCUGCUAAAUGGCAAAUUAUUAUUAUUAUAAUUAUAAUUAUAAUUAUAAUUAUUAUUAUUAUUAUUAUAAUUAUAAUAAUAAUAAUUAUUAUUAUAAUUAUUAUUAUUAUGCACCCUUUCAGUUUGUUUGCCAACUCAUAGACGUAGUAGAAGAGGAAAAUGUACUACUUAAAAAUGGAGAUGUCCUCAAUGGCCUAGCUUUGCUAACGGUCAGUGGCUGCCCCUGCUACCACCUCUUCCACAGAUAGAACAAUGAGCCAGAUGUUUCACCGGAUGUAUAAAUCUGAAGAAUCCGAUUGGCAUUUCCACUCACCACCAAAUAUGGUGAUGAGAGGAAGCCCAGUGGCCGGCAGUAAAAAUACAUUUGGCGUUGUUUAGAAGGAGUUCAAGGGCGAAUUGAGUUAUUGCACACGCACACUUCACAUAGUAGGCAUUCUCUAACGGAAAUAUGCAAAUACAUGCUAGAAAGCAAUAGGAUCUCGCUAGUUCGUGCUUGGCUCUGCCCACCUCCUUGCUUGUUCGGUCCACUAUGAUUACUUUGCUCCUACUGGAAACGACAGGCUGUUGUCAAUCUUGGGUUAGUUAUAAAGAUCUUUGCCUCUACAGUAGUUUUACUAACUGUCAGUGGUUAGGCUACCGCCUCUAGAUUGCUAACUGUAUGCUAGUCAUUGGCAACGUUCUCUAGCUUUGCUAACUGUAUGCUAGUCAUUGGCAACGUUCUCUAGCUUUGCUAACUGUAUGCUAGUCAUUGGCAACGUUCUCUAGCUUUGCUAACUGUAUGCUGGUCAUUGGCAACGUUCUCUAGCUUUGCUAACUGUAUGCUAGUCAUUGGCAACAUUAUCUAGCUUUGCUAACUGUAUGCUACAGUAUCUCGUGGCUAGUCAGUGACUAGGCCUAGCUCCCAGCUUUGCUAACUGUAUGCUGUCCCUUGUGGUCAGUUCCAGGCUGAGUCGUGCCCCGCUGGUCUGUCCCGUACCGGGGCGUCCCAAGAGGAGUUGCGUUUUGUGGAGGGGGAGGGACAGAACUCAGGGAUGGAGCCCUCAGCCGAUGAGGUCAACAACAACACAUGUGCGGGUAACGACCACUGGCUGUGUAGUCUCUUGUCUCAGCCGCUGUGGUCACUCAUCAAACUGUCUCUCCUCAGCUACUGUGAUGUCUCAUCAAACUGUCUCUCCUCAGCCACUGUGGUCUCUCAUCAAACUGUCUCUCCUCAGCUACUGUGGUCUCUCAUCAAACUGUCUCUCCUCAGCCACUGUGAUGUCUCAUCAAACUGUCUCUCCUCAGCUACUGUGGUCUCUCAUCAAACUGUCUCUCCUCAGCCACUGUGGUCUCUUAUCAAACUGUCUUCAUCUCUCUGUGAUGUCUCAUCAAACUGUCUCUCCUCAGCCACUGUGAUGUCUCAUCAAACUGUCUCUCCUCAGCUGCUGUGGUCACUCAUCAAACUGUCUCUCCUCAGCUGCUGUGGUCACUCAUCAAACUGUCUCUCCUCAGCUACUGUGGUCUCUUAUCAAACUGUCUUCAUCUCUCUGUGAUGUCUCAUCAAACUUUUGUCUCAGCCGCUGUGGUCCCUCAUCAAACUGUCUUCAUCUCUCUGUGAUGUCUCAUCAAACUGACUGUACUCAGCCGCUGUGGUCCCUCAUCAAACUGUCUUGCGAGAGAGACUAUCUGUGGUCUCUCAUCAAAUUGUUUGUGUGGGUGUGGUCUGUGUGUGCAGUAGGUAUAUUCAUUAUGUCAAAUGUAUUUAUGUACGGGUAGGUAGUGUGUUUAUGAGAGUGUGCCAGAGUGAAACAACAGCCUGAAGGUAUACUGUUGUAAGUAAGGAUGUAGGGUAGUGUGGUGAAUUAGUACACUACAUAUACUCAAUGUCUCUUCUCCCCCCCCCCCCCCUAGCGAGUCCAGACGAGUUGGAGAGACCCCUGAAGGCCAACCUGGAGGGAGAGUCUCUGGACGGAGCCCUGGAGCACCUGAGGAUAGGUAACGUCUUCACCUUCAGAGUGACGGUCCUCCAGGCCUCCAGCAUCUCUGCAGAGUACGCUGACAUCUUCUGCCAGUUCAAGUAAGUUGUUGUUGUUGUUGUUGUUGUUGUUGUUGUUGUUGUUGUUGUUGUUGUUGUUGUUGUUGUUGUUGUUGUUGUUGUUGUUGUUGUUGUUGUUGUUGUUCUUCUUGUUCUUCUUCUUCUUCUAUUAUCAAAGAUGUUUCAGAUCUAUUAGAUCCCGUAACAGACUGUGAGUGAUAGAUAACAAGCCCCUCUCUCUUUCGGAUUGCCUACAGUUUCAUCCACCGCCAUGAUGAGGCCUUUUCCACAGAGCCUCUGAAGAACACAGGGCGAGGCCCUCCUCUGGGCUUCUACCACGUACAGAACGUAAGCAGUCAAUCAAUCACAUUUAUUUAUAAAAGCUCUUUUUACAUCAGAGGUUGUCACAAAGUGUUUUAGAGUAAAUACUGUAGUAUGCAGUGGGCAAUUAGUGAAAGAAAUGUGAUGGUUUGAUAUGCUUUGUUUCUGAAGUGGUUGUAGCUAGUAUCUCUUUAUUGGUUCAACAGAUUGCUGUAGAGGUCACCAAAUCCUUUGUAGAGUACAUCAAGACCCAGCCUGUGGUGUUUGAGGUGUUUGGUCACUACCAGAAACAGCCCUUCCCUGCUCUCUGCAAGGACCUGAUCAGGUACAGUAGUCCGCUGGUCACUUUCGUCAUUGUGUUCGUUGUAAUUGACAGGGGUCUCGUUUCCCAGUUGCGAUGUAACUUAAGCAUUAUGGUGAUCGUACCAGAUGUGUCGUUAUUCACGAGCCAACUCUUUUAAAGAGUGUUUCCCAAACAAGCACGUAGAGAGAACGUUGUCUAAGUGCGUCAGACCAUGUGUCGCUACUGAUAGGAUCGAAAGAAAAGCAGCGCUGCUCUCGGAUCAGCUUUCUCCAUUCAAAUCUUUACCUUAACAAUAUAAUUAUUCCACAACACUGACGAUGGCUCAGCUCCUACAGAGAUAUUAACACUUAUGGCUACAAAUAUUGAGGCAGUUUAUUACGCUUACACAAUAAUAAUGCACUAAAUCACAGAUUGGGAACAUCGUUGAGAACUUCUUGUCUCACGUCAUGAAACACAUAGAGGCAAAAAUGACAGACAAUAGCCCAUUGGCAAAAUAGAACUCAAUUGAUUGAACAUGAAAUAGAUUUCAGUAUGAUUGAAAUAUAUACAGUAGGCCCACUUAGCCUAUUUAUCAUUUAAUGCAGUCAUCUCCGUUUUCAUUUGAAGCAUAAUUUUAUCCUUCACUUGUUUUUUAACAAUUUCAAAUAGUUUGGCAACUUUGUAUUUGUAGUCAACGUCGCUCUGAUGUUAUCGGCAGCCACAGUCACACAAAUAGCCUAAACAUGAUUGUUUAGCGGAGAUCUUCUGUGAAUAAAGUGACACGGGAGGGCAAAAAAAGCAUCUAACGACACACUUUGGCGGCUUUAAGAGCGGUCUGGAUCACUCAUAGAUGUGCAAAGGUUUUUAAAGAGCAACUGCCCCUAAAAACAAACUUCUCAUUUAGAAAACAUCCUAUGAGGUGUCAAUAUGAGUCAGAAACAUUUAUUCUACUGUCAAAAUUUACUACAAAGUGUAAAUAGGAUAAUUUGGGUCAUACAGUCAGUCUCAUCCAAAACCGAGUUGUGUGAUACUUGUGGCAUCACAAUGCAAAUGAAGGUUGAAUUUGUUUCAAACCUGCCCACAUGCCCACAGCUGUCAGCACACAAGAAAUCAAACAUUCGGAGUGCAGCUGCAUGCGACCCAAUCGUAAUCCCUGUGGUAAAUUUGGGUUGACUUUGGAUAUCCCUAUGGGGCUAGUUAGGGACCAUCAUUAAAUUACACAAUGUACAUAUUAACAAUAUGUUACAAUUCCAAUAGUAAAAAAUGUCAAUGACUUAAGAAACUUAAACCAACUAUAAAUUGUAGAAAUUACUUUACAAAUAUUGAAAGCAUUUAAUGAGAAAACUAAAAGGUGUGCAACAUGAAAAUAUUUGCAUUUACAUGUUAGAGACACCCACAUCAAACCACACCCCGAAACCAACUCACCUUUGAAUUCAUGGCCACUAGCAUUUCUUUAUCAACCAAAUCUAAAUUGAGGCCAAAUCAGGAAGUGCAGUCGUCCUUUAAGAGCCAAGUUACUAACAAAGGUUCUGGGAAACACCUUGGCUACUAAAUAUAUAUCGUAAGAAGGUUCUAACGAUGACCUUAACGCUACGAAGGCUCUGGGAAACGAAGCCCUGGUCUUUUGAUGUGGCGGUAACAUCAUUUAUAACUUACUGUACCUGUCUCUCUCCCACCAGCCCUCUGCGUACUUGCAGGAGGCAGUUCCCCAAAGUCAUGCCCCUGUCCAAACCAGGUAAGCACCAGAACCAUGCUAUUCAGUUUUACUCAAGUAAAGAACUUGACUUCUACAAAAAAAGAAUGGAUCUACAUGAAGAUAUGUCUGUUUUUAUUUUUGAAGCAGCACACAGUAUACAGUACACAGUAUACAGUACACAGUACACAGUACACAGUACACAGUACACAGUAAACAGUACACAGUACACAGUAAACAGUAAACAGUACACAGUACACAGUACACAGUACACAGUAAACAGUAAACAGUACACAGUACACAGUAAACAGUAAACAGUACACAGUACACAGUAUACAGUAAACAGUAAACAGUACACAGUACACAGUACACAGUACACAGUACACAGUAAACAGUACACAGUACACAGUAAACAGUACACAGUACACAGUAUACAGUAAACAGUAAACAGUACACAGUAAACAGUAAACAGUACACAGUACACAGUAUACAGUAAACAGUAAACAGUACACAGUACACAGUACACAGUACACAGUACACAGUAAACAGUACACAGUACACAGUACACAGUAAACAGUACACAGUACACAGUACACAGUAUACAGUAUACAGUACACAGUACACAGUACACAGUACACAGUAAACAGUACACAGUAUACAGUGUGUAUCAUUCUGUUGUAUGGCCUGUGUACAGUACUCUAUGUUGCUGCCUACAGCGCAUGUCUGUUGCAUUGCCUCCAUACUGUUAGUCUAUGUAAUGUCACGCUUGAUGCUGUUGGCUGUACUAUACUGUGCAAUGUCCCGUCAGCUCAGUUCAAUGUUGUUGGGUGCGUGUUACUCUGCGUGUGACUGUGAAGCAGCAGACGACGAGACGCCGCCCGACCGGGAGAAGACGCUGGAGCUGAUUCGCUACCUGGUCCCAGAGGUGUUCAAUGGGGCGCUGGUGGACUCUCUGUCAGGCCACGCCCUGUCCGCAGCCGGAUUGGCUGCCUCCUUCCUCCUGGAGGGGGAGGGGCCACCCAGUCUUCCAGCCCCGCCCCUCUCUAUCUGUUCAGUUAUCAGAGCCCAGAAACCGGGUUGGUUACUGUCUGUGUGUCUGGGCCAAUGAGAGUCCCUGAAACUAACCUCUCUUUAUAUCACUUUGAUGUGCAUUUACACAUGCAGCCCAAAUCUGAUCUUAUGACACAAAUUGGUCUUUUGACCAAUCAGAUCAGAUCUUUUGCCAAUAAUUGGGGAAAAUAUUAUAAUUGAGCUGCCUGUGGAAAUGCAGUCAAGACGAUAGAUUGUAAAUCAGAUAUAGAAACAGAUAUCUUGAAUUAGCACCAAUAGGAUUACCAAAUAGAUUGUAGUCACUGACAAACACAUUAACGUAUUGCUCCUACAUUCUGUUCAUCAACAUCAGCAUAAAGGAAGAAAAUAGAUUUUUUCGCCAACUGAUAUCAACAAAAGAGGAGGUUGUGUUUCAGGGAUUUUCCACAGGCUCUCUUCUCGUCCCUUGUUGUGUGUCUGCUGUUCACUGCCUGGUUGAUUUCCCCUACAGUUCCUCCUGUGAUCUCUUCCUCAAAUGGAUCUAUGUAGCUUUCAACUUCUGUAGUUACCGUAAGCAAUCCCGUAUUGCUUGUAGUUUUUUGAUAGCAGUCUAAAAGAUCUGUGUAUUUGAUCAAUCAUACCUUAACCUCUCUUUCUGAUUCUUCUCCAAUGUAGGACCUGAGCUACUUUGGAACAAUGCACUUAUUAUUGUGUUGUUUACUUGAGAAAUAUUGUAUAUAGACCCAAAUAAUGACAGGUAGUUUUAUAGCAGGGCCACAUCCCUGUAAUGUUGAGGGAUGACCGCUGUAUUUAUUGCCCUCCCUUUUCCGCAAGACUGUACCGAGUGGUUCCUCUAUCUCUCACUGCAAUAUUCCCCAUCUCCUUUUUUCAGCCCUUCUCCCUUCACAGCUCUACCUGCUCCCUGCUACUGAAGAGUGAGUCCUCUUCGGUGGUAACCUUGUCUCCCUUCCUUCACCUUCUGCUUUUAGUCCCUGCCACCAAGCUGACUACCCUGAUGCGCCCUACAGCCGGGCCCUGCCACUGCAAGUAUGACCUCAUGGUGUUCUUCGAGAUCUGCGAACUGGAGGCCAAUGGAGAGUGAGUUUUCCAUAGAGAUACUAUGUAUAUAUAUAUAUAUAUACAGUUGAAGUCAGAAGUUUACAUACACUUAGGUUGGAGUCAUUAAAACUCGUUUUUCAACCACAACCACACAUUUCUUCUUUGUGCAUGACACAAGUAAUUUUUCCAACAAUUGUUUACAGACAGAUUAUUUCACUUAUAAUUCAGUGUUUCACAAUUCCAGUGGGUCAGAAGUUUACAUACACUAAGAAGACUGUGCCUUAAAACAGCUCGAACAAUUCCAGAAAAUGAUGUAAUGGCUUUAGAAGCUUCUGAUAGGCUAAUUUACAUCAUUUGAGUCAAUUGGAGGUGUACCUGUGGAUAUAUUUCAAGGCCUACCUUCAAACUCAGUGCCUCUUUGCUUGACAUCAUGGGAAAAUCAAAAGAAAUCAGCCAAGACCUCAGAAAAUAAAUUGUAGCCCUCCACAAGUCUGGUUCAUCCUUGGGAGCAAUUUCCAAACGCCUGAAAGUACCACGUUCAUCUGUACAAACAAUAGUGGUCCUCUGUAGCUCAGCUGGUAGAGCACGGCGCUUGUAACGCCAAGGUAGUGGGUUCGAUCCCCGGGACCACCCAUACACAAAAAUGUAUGCACCCAUGACUGUAAGUUGCUUUGGAUAAAAGCAUCUGCUAAAUGGCAUAUUAUUAUAGUAGGAAAGUAUAAAUACCAUGGGACCACGCAGUCGUCAUACCGCUCAGGAAGGAGACGCGUUCUGUCUCCUAGAGAUGAACGUACUUUGGUGCGAAAAGUGAAAAUCAAUCCCAGAACAACAGCAAAGGACCUUGUGAAGAUGCUGGAGGAAACAGGUAUCCACAGUAAAACGAGUCCUAUAUCGACAUAACCUGAAAGAACGCUCAGCAAGGAAGAAGCCACUGCUCCAAAACCGCCAUAAAAAAGCCAGACUACGGUUUGCAACUGCACAUGGAGACAAAGAUUGUACUUUUUGGAGAAAUGUCCUCUGGUCUGAUGAAACAAAAAUAGAACUGUUUGGCCAUAAUAACCAUCGUUAUGUUUGGAGGAAAAAGGGGGGAUGCUUGCAAGCCGAAGAACACCAUCCCAACUGUGAAGCACGGGGGUGGCAGCAUCAUCAUUAUGUGGAUAUAUUGAAGCAACAUCUCAAGACAUCAGUCAGGAAGUUAAAGCUUGGUCGCAAAUGGGUCUUCCAAAUGGACAAUGACCCCAAGCAUACUUCCAAAGUUGUGGCAAAAUGGCUUAAGGACAACAAAGUCAAGGUAUUGGAGUUGCCAUCACAAAGCCCUGACCUCAAUCCUAUAGAAGAUUUGUGGGCAGAAUUGUAAAAGCGUAUGCGAGCAAGGAGGCCUACAAACCUGACUCAGUUACAUCAGCUCUGUCAGGAGGAAUGAGCCAAAAUUCACCCAACUUAUUGUGGGAAGCUUGUGGAAGGCUACCCGAAACAUUUGACUCAAGUUAAACAAUUUAAUGGCAACGCUACCAAAUCCUAAUUGAGUGAAUGUAAACUUCUGACCCACUGGGAAUGUGACGAAAUAAAUAAAAGCUGAAAAAAUAAUUCUCUCUACUAUUAUUCUGACAUUUCACAUUCUUAAAAUAAAGUGGUGAUCCUAACUGACCUAAAACAGGGAUUUUUUUCUAGGAUUAAAUGUCAGGAAUUGUGAAAAACUGAGUUUAAAUGUAUUUGGCUAAGGUUUAUGUAAACUUCUGACUUCAAAUAUACAGUGAGGGAAAAAAGUAUUUGAUCCCCUGCUGAUUUUGUACGUUUGCCCACUGACAAAGACAUGAUCAGUCUAUAAUUUUAAUGGUAGGUUGAUUUGAACAGUGAGAGACAGAAUAACAACAAAGAAAUCCAGAAAAACGCAUGUCAAAAAUGUUAUACAUUUCUUUGCAUUUUAAUGAGGGAAAUAAGUAUUUGACCCCUCUGCAAAACAUGACUUAGUACUUGGUGGCAAAACCCUUGUUGGCAAUCACAGAGGUCAGACGUUUCUUGUAGUUGGCCACCAGGUUUGCACACAUCUCAGGAGGGAUUUGUCCCACUCCUCUUUGCAGAUCUUCUCCAAGUCAUUAAGGUUUCGAGCCUGACGUUUGGCAACUCGAACCUUCAGCUCCCUCCAAAGAUGUUCUAUGGGAUUAAGGUCUGGAGACUGGCUAGGCCACUACAGGACCUUAAUGUGCUUCUUCUUGAGCCACUCCUUUCUUGCCUUGGCUGUGUGUUUUGGGUCAUUGUCAUGCUGGAAUACACUUCCACGACCCAUUUUCAAUGCCCUGGCUGACGGAAGGAGGUUCUCACCCAAGAUUUGACGGUAUAUGGCCCCGUCCAUCAUCCCUUUGAUGCGGUGAAGUUGUCCUUUCCCCUUAGCAGAAAAACACCCCCAAAGCAUAAUGUUUCCACCUCCAUGUUUGACUGUAGGGAUGGUGUUCUUGGGGUCAUAGGCAGCAUUCCUCCUCCUCCAAACAUGGCGAGUUGAGUUGAUGCCAAAGAGCUCGAUUUUGGUCCCAUCUGACUACAACACUUUCACCCAGUUCUCCUCUGAAUCAUUCAGAUGUUCAUUGGCAAACUUCAGAUGGGCCUGUAUAUGUGCUUUCUUGAGCAGGGGGACCUUGCGGGCGCUGCAGGAUUUCAGUCCUUCAUGGCGUAGUGUGUUUCCAAUUGUUUUCUUGUUGACUAUGGUCCCAGCUGCCUUGAGAUCAUUGACAAGAUCCUCCCGUGUAGUUCUGGGCUGAUUCCUCACCGUUCUCAUGAUCAUUGCAACUCCACGAGGUGAGAUCUUGCAUGGAGCCCCAGGCCGAGGGAGAUUGACAGGUCUUUUGUGUUUCUUCCAUUUGCGAAUAAUCGCACCAACUGUUAUCACCUUCUCACCAAACUGCUUCGCGAUGGUCUUGUAGCCCAUUCCAGCCUUGUGUAGGUCUACAAUCUUGUCCCUGACAUCCUUGGAGAGCUCUUUGGUCUUGGCCAUGGUGGAGAGUUUGGAAUCUGAUUGAUUGAUUGCUUCUGUGGACAGGUGUCUUUUAUACAGGUAACAAACCGAGAUUAGGAGCACUCCCUUUAAGAGUGUGCUCCUAAUCUCAGCUCGUUACCUGUAUAAAAGACACCUGGGAGUUAGAAAUCCUUCUGAUUGAGAGGGGGUCAAAUACUUAUUUCCCUCAUUAAAAUGCAAAUCAAUUUAUAAAAUGUUUGAAAUGCGUUUUUCUGGAUUUUGUUGUUGUUAUUCUGUCUCUCACUGUUUAUAUAUAUAUAUACAGUACCAGUCAAAGUUUUGGAUUGACCUACUCAUUCAAGGGUUUUUCUUAAUUUUUACUAUUUUCUACAUUGUACAAUAGUAGUGAAGACAUCAAAACUAUUAAAUAACACAUGUAGUAACCAAAAAAGUGUUACACAAAUCUAAAUAUAUUUUAGAUUUGAGAUUCUUCAAAUAGCCACCAUUUGCCUUGAUGACAGCUUUGCACACUCUUGGCAUUCUCUCAACCAGCUUCAUGAGGUAGUCACCUGGAAUGCAUUUCAAUUAACAGGUGUGCCUUCUUAAAAGUGAAUUUGUGGAAUUUCUUUCCUUCUUAAUGUGUUUGAGCCAAUCAGUUGUGUUGUGACAAGGUAGGGUGGUAUACAGAAGAUAGCCCUAUUUGGUAAAAGGCCAAGUCCAUAUUAUGGCAAGAACAGCUCAAAUAAGCAAAGAGAAAAGACAGUCCUUCAUUACUUUAAGACAUGAAGGUCAGUCAAUCCGGAAAAAGUGUAGUAAAAAAAAAACAUCACGCGCUAUGAUGAAACUGGCUCUCAUGAGUACCACCACAGGAAAGGAAGACCCAGAGUUACAUCUGCUGCAGAGGAUAAGUUCAUUAGAGUUACCAGCCUCUUAAAUUGCAGCCCAAAUAAAUGCUUCACAGUUCAAGUAACAGACUCAUCUCAACAUCAACUGUUCAGAGGAGACUACGUGAAUCAGGCCUUCAUGGUCGAAUUGCUGCAAAAAAAAACACUACUAAAGGACACCAAUAAGAAGAAGAGAGUUGCUUGGGCCAAGAAACACGAGCAAUGGACAUUAGACCGGUGGAAAUCUUUCCUUUUGUCUGGAGUCCAAAUUGGAGAUUUUUUGUUCCAACCGCCGUGUCUUUGUGUGAUGCAGUGUGGGUGAACGGAUUAUCUCUGCAUGUGUGGUUCCCACUGUGAAGCAUGGAGGAGGAGGUGUGAUGGUGUGGGGGUGCUUUGCUGGUGACACUGUCUGUGAUUUAUUUAGAAUUCAAGGCACACUUAAGCAGCAUGGCUCCCACAGCAUUCUGCAGUGAUACGCCAUCCCAUCUGGUUUGGGCUUAGUGGGACUAUCAUUUGGUUUUCAACAGGACAAUGACCCAACACACCUCCAGGCUGUGUAAGGGCUAUUUUAACAAGAUGGAGAGUGAUGCAGUACUGCAUCAGAUGACCUGGCCUCCACAAUCACCUGACCUCAACCCAAUUGAGAUGGUUUGGGAUGAGUUGGACCUCAGAGUGAAGGAAAAACAGCCAACAAGUGCUCAGCAUAUGUGGGAACUCCUUCAAGACGGUUGGAAAAGCAUUCCAGGUGAAGCUGGUUGAGAAAUGCCAAGAGUGUGCAAAGCUGUCAUCAAGGCAAAGGGUGGCUACUUUGAAGAAUCUAAAAUCUAAAAAUAUAUUUAGAUUUCGUUAACACUUUUUUGGUUACCACAUGAUUCCAUAUGUGUUAUUUUAUAGUUUUGAUGUCUUCAAUAUUAUUCUACAAAGUAGUAAAUAGUAAAAAUAAGAAAAACCCUUGAAUGAAUAGGUUUGUCCAAACUUUUGACUGGUACUGUAUAUAAAUACUAAAUUACUAUAGUGUAUAUACAACCAUAUAUGUGUUCUAUAUUCAACUCUAUGAAGUAUCCCAUUUCACCACACUCACGCUCAAAAGGUUACUAUAAGCUACCUUCCAAUACCCACACUAGCAUACUACCAAGAGUGAAACAAUUAUUUGGGAAUAUAUGUAUGGACAUUGGAACACAGACACAGGACUGUACGCGCAGAGGCAAAGCUCCAGUUUCACCUCAACAGAUGCUGCUUAUCGAUGAUCCCAGUAUUACGUGAAAUAAAUUAUUAUUCUCUGAACGUUCUAUUGAUUUCCAAAUAGUUUACGUUUAGAAAUCUAUUACCAACGUGGAAUGUUCAUGUGAUAACAAUAACAGUAACAGCAUUAACGUCAUUCUCAACUUAUUGGCCGAUAUGAAAUCAAUGAGAGUCUUGUUACCGUGCAGGAGAAUAAAUGAUGGUUCUCUCUGUUUCCUACAGUUACGUCCCAGCAGUAGUGGACCAUAGAGGAGGCAUGCCUUGCAAUGGGACGUUCAUGCUGCACCAGGUAGGUCAUUCAGGGAGUGGAGAAGUAGUUAUGAUUGAACUGAUGUGUACUGUAUGAACACAAUGCUUCCUCUUUCUGAACAUAAUGCUUCCUCUUUCUGAACACAAUGCUUCCUCUUUCUGAACAUAAUGCUUCCUCUUUCUGAACAUAAUGCUUCCUCUUUCUGAACAUAAUGCUUCCUCUUUCUGAACAUAAUGCUUCCUCUUUCUGAACAUAAUGCUUCCUCUUUCUGAACAUAAUGCUUCCUCUUUCUGAACAUAAUGCUUCCUCUUUCUGAACAUAAUGCUUCCUCUUUCUGAACAUAAUGCUUCCUCUUUCUGAACAUAAUGCUUCAUCUUUAUUAAAGAACUGGUGGUAAGUCGGCUAAUGACCAAAGGGAGAGAAAGAGAACAGAGGGAGAGAAGAGAACGAAGCGAAGAGGGAGCAGAGUCCAGACACGGGGAGACGAGAGAGCAGAGCGAGAGAGAGGAGAGAGGAGAGAGAGAGAGGAGAGAUGAGAGAGAGAGAGGAGAGCGAGGCGAGAAGGGCGAGCAGAGAGCGAGGAGGAGAGAGAGAGAGAGCAGCAGAAGGAGAGAGAGAGAGACCGAGAGCGCAGGAGAGGAGAGAGAGAGAGAGAGAGAGAGAGAGAGAGAGAGAGAGGGAGAGAAGAGAGAGCGAGAGAGAGCGAGGAGAGAGAGAGAGCAGAGGGAGAGAGAGGCGAGAGAGAGAGAAAUGACGAGAGAGAGAAGAGAGAGAGAGAGGGAGAUUCUUCCUAUAUCUCUCUAUACGUCAUCUCUCCCUCUGAUGCAUCUAGAAUACUGAUGCUAUCUAACUCUCUCUUUUUAUAUCUCACUCAUCUCUAUCUAUUCCUCUCUGAUCUUUCUAUCAUUCUCUCUCUAUCACGCGCCGUUCAUCGUCGACUCUCUCUAUCUCUCGCUGCGUAUCUCUCUCUAUUUCUCUCUCAUGUCCUUCAUCUGUAUAUCUUCGUCUGCCUCUAUCUCUAUCUCUCUAUCUCUCUAUUCUAUCAUAUCUCUCUAUCUGCUAUCUACUGAUCUCUUCUACUCUCUUUUUCUCUCUCGUCUCUUCUCUAUCUCUCUACGCUCUUUCUCUUCUCUCUCUCUUCUCUCUUUUUAUCUCUUUCUCUUUUCUCUUCCCUUUCUCUCUCUCUCUCCUCUCGCCUCGCUCUCGCUGCUCCCCCCUCCCCACUCCCCCCCCAACAGGGUAUCCAGAGGCGCGUCACUGUGACCAUCGUUCAUGAGGACAGGUAGAGACAUCAUGUGGAAGGAUGUCCGGGAGGACUGGUUGUGGUGGUGAGUCUGUUCAAGACAUACUUUUUGGUCUUUUUAAACAACAUAAAUAUCUUGGACCACAAAAAGCUCCUCCUCCCCUUCCCCAGGUCGUAUCCGUAAUUUCCCCCGGGGGGACAUGCCAUCCAUUAGACCCCCAACAUCCUGUCACUCAAAAUCCUGUCAGCUGGGUAUGUCAGGCCCAUGCAGGAGGACAG